AUGGAUUUGGCUUCUUUGCUUUUACUGGCUCUUCUGAGCGCCGGGACGCUGCUCCAAGGUAAGCCUCCUGUAAAUGUAGUCUCUGUUCAAUGAUAGGCUUGAGGCUAUGACAUGUUUUUUACACUGUAGUAGUCUAGUUACAUGGGAGCCUCGUUAUGUAUCGAAAGUAACCCACAAGGAAAUUACUCACACAUAAUGUUUGUUAAAUACCUCCAGGAUGAAGUUUGUAAAUGGGUUAAUCUCUAUUAAGGUGCCACUUUCAUGUCUGAUUCACGUGUUUCAGGGCUGAAGUAACAGAAUUAGUUGUGCGUGAGGCUGUGAUAUCCAUCCAUGGUAGUAUACUCGGGACUAGGGCUGGGCAAUUUAGGAAAAAGUUUAUCACAAUACAUAUUUUUUUCAUAUCAGUCGAUAUCGAUAUCUAUCAGGAUAUAAAACAAUCACUAUUCUCUGUGUUACUCUUGACUGAAUAGUCAGUUCAGUGUUGCUAUUCGUAUAGUCUACCAAAACAUGGCAAAAUGCAUGACUAUUGAAAAGCAUAUUGACCAUGUUUCAUAUCGAUAUCGAGGAAAAUUAAUUUUUGACAUAUAUCAUUAUCAUUUUAUCGACCACCCCUAACUGGCACUCAAUCAGCCUGGGAGUUUUAUGGCUCAGUUCACAACCUUUCAUUGAAAAUGUGUAAAUUUCUCCUUAGGCUACCAGUAAGUCUGAGAUAGAGCGCUCUCUCUUAAAAUCUUGUAGAAAUCAAGUUUCCAAUUAUUGCUCAGACCUAAGUUUAAAGCUAUCAUUUUAAUAAACAAAUAUGAGAAUAUCACCACUUUUUCUUGCUAUAGUAACCUACAGGGAUGCUGAUAAGUGAAGAGACCAAAUGCGCAGACAAUGAGUGCUUCAGGCUCCAACAAGUUUCAACAUGUGGACUGAUUGAAGUAUUUAUGAGUGUAGGGGACAGACAGCAGACACAUCGCUGUAUAUCCACAUUGAAAGAUGAACACAGACCAGUUAUCAAAGAAUCAAAUGUCGUCUGUCUGGUUUCUAACAGUAGGAGCAGCAGGCACACUGUUGUGCAGAGGAUACUCUGUGUUUUGGUGUUAUUACCUGUAAUAGAAAACUGCGUACACAUAUUGGUAUUCAAGUCGAUGUCAGCUGAAAUGAGUUUAAAAAUAAAGGCAUAUCAGAUAUUGUCAAAGAUCUCAUAUCAGGCAUCUCUUAAAGUUAUAUACUAAAACUUAAACUUAAUAAAAAAAAAUCCCUGGAUGAAUCAUAAUAAUAAUUUUAAUUCAUGGACAAGUCUUACCUAUUUGCAAUUGUUUUUAAUCAUUAUUAUGUCCAGUCAGUUUUCUUGAUACAGUGCUACAUCAUUACAUUGUUUGGUUUUUGAGAACUUUUCAUAUUGAGCAGGUUCAGGCUUUGACUGAAUCCUACCCGCCCACUCAGGAGUUAUGGGCUCAUGGCUUGUGCUUAGUAGAGGCUCUACCUCACUCUCACUGUCUGCAGCAAACUGGUUCAGAGGCUACUGCUCUAGUAGUAGUAGUAGUAGUAGUACUAAAUAUAGUAGUAGUUUUGUCUUCAGUUGCCAUAAACAAAAUAAUAAUUUUCACAAUCCAGACUUUUUAAACAAAGUAAACAGUCAUGUCUUAAGCAGUGACUGAACGGGUACUGGCUAAAGCAAAAUGCCUAUUUACUUUUUGUAAAACACCUUUAGCAUACUUGUUCCAUAUUGUAUUAGGUUAAAAAACACUCCAUACAUUGACUUGAUUCAUAAAUUUAAGCUCUAGUUUUCAUGUUGUAUGUUAUGUUUGUGUUGCAUAUCUAGCAUCUUUAUUUUGCAAUGUGUCAUGUACACAAUGAGCUUUGAGAUAGCUGUGAUAAAUAUGAUUAUUUACUGGUGCAUUUGGCUGUGCCAGCUUCUAAAGCUUUACUUUGAUUAAAUGAGGCUCUUUCAGAACCACUUUUGUCUUGAGUUCAGUUAAAAAGCUAAUUUGAAAGUUUCUCUGUAAACCCAGGCUUUCUGCCUCAGGCUUUAAAGCAUGUUUGUAAGACGGUGCCUUUAGCUUGUCAUUUGAUGUGUCUUUGGCACGAAAAGAAACAAUUAUAAGCAGACCACUUCUGUCUGACUGAUGUCAUAAAAAGAGAUGCUGACUAUUUGAAAGUCAUGGCUGUAAGGGUUGGCACUGCUGCUGGAGUUAAAGAUGGAAUGUAAUCCGGUGGAAAAUAUUGUGUCAGCACAUAUCAAAUAUUUUAAAGUACAAGCUCAGUGCCCCUGUUUAUUUUUAACCGCCCACAGAGCAACUCUUUAACUUUCACAAUCAUGCAAAUCCUGUCAGUAGAACAGGCAGAAACAGCUAUAAGCCUGCAGCUAGCCAUCGACUUGCCUACCUUCACUUCAUAAAUGCAUGUUUGUUUAACAAACGCAAAUCAAUUCCUUUUUCAUUGUUGAUUUUGGUUCAAAAAGCUGUGUUUAACAAAUAUUGCAGAACAUUUUUGGGCCAAAUUUGAAAUUGUAAUCUUACCCAAAUCAAAGAUGUGCUCCCCUUAAAGUCCUUUGAUAUACAGAUGACCUGCUGAAACUUAAUGGGUCAAUUGUACGCAAAACGAACAAGAAAAACGAGAGCUGGGAGACUGGUGGGUUUCGUUACGAUAUCAAAGAUCUGCAUACUUCAACAGGCAUCCAAGGACAUUGCAAGGCAUCAAAUAAGAAAUGACCGUACUUUAUAACCUUCAGAUAAUAAAAUGACCACAUAUCAUAUACAAUUUCAUGUAGUAACUCUUAACACAGCCAAGUGAAAUUGAAUUACCACUGCUGGUCUCCAUAGGUUAAAACAAAAGUCAUUAUGCCCUUUAGUCUGGCUUUAUGAUACACCUGUCAGGUGAAAUGUUUAGUAAACUUAGUUUUCUAUGGAUACAGGUGUACAUCUAAAUACAGGUGGUUUUCACCUAAACUAGCCCCCUGCAGACAGUGCUUUAAAUAAAGCUACCCACCCACCCCCCACCCAUACACUCACACACACACAUGCACACACACAAAUGCACACGCCCACUCACACACUCCCUCAGGCCAAAAUGGGGUCCCUGCUAUCUGAUCAUGUGUUUGUAUUCAGGGAUGUGGUUGUUUAUGUUUCGUUGUAAUCCAAGUACCAGUUUGUAUGUGUUUUGUGUGUGUUCAUUAGUUUCAGGAGCUUAGUGACUGAAGAGAAGCCAGGAAACACACUGACCGUUUAAUGAGUUUUGUCCAGCUCUUAAUGCUUCACAGACUUGUGCUUAUAAAGAAUAUUAGUGCUGUCUCCUUGUGAACAUGGGGGAGUGAUACAUCUGAGAUAAGAAGUCUCUGAGUAAAGCUGUGGAAUACAAAUUAUUCUUAAAAAUACAACCUAUAUUAAAAAGGCUCUUUAGGGCUGUUAUUAAACCGUGUUUGAUUGUUAAGCCUUACAUGUGUUUCAGAGACUGAUGCUGAAUUUGUGCCGCUGAUACAGUUUUCAUCAUGACAGAGCCAAGGCAAUGAUGACAUGAAAGUACAGAAGUGACAAUAAAUACUCAGCCAAUUAUUUGCUUUGUUUUUGUUUACAUGAGACAAGACUGGAGUAGUGAACUAUUGGACAUUCAAAAUCCAUGAUAUUUCCCAAACUGUGCAUCUAAUUCAUCUAAUUCAUUCAUCAUGCAUUCCUGGAACAGACUAAGAUAGUUGAGAGGUGCAGUUAUUAUCUGCAACAAGUGUGCUGCAGGUACAAACUGUAUCUGCUUCCAUGCGUCCUUCUCACUCAAUGCAUUGACACAUUAGUCUGACUGAAAUUGCACUAAAUUGAACUUUUCACAGUCAGACUAACAUACUUGGAUAAUGGGAUUUGGGAUUGAUUUUCUCCUCCAUGUAUUCAGCUCAAUCAAACUGAAACUGGUCUGUCUACACAUUCUUUGUGUCCAAGCCUUGACCCAUCAGUUUGGAGAUUCAUAGUGUCAUAUUCGUAUUCAUAUAUAAUGCAGCUUUAAUGCUACAAUCCCCCCAUAUGUUUGUAUUGAUUUCACCUUAUUUAGUCAAAGAAUCAGUCCUCUUUAUUACCGAUUUUAUUUGUAGCCUUUUACACACUGCAAUUCCUUGACAGUGCAGGAACUGAGUUCCAGCCAGCACUACAACUUUGGACUACACACCCCAAAACAACAAAAUAUCGGUGCGCAGUUAGAUAACGUUGCAUUACGUUUCUUUUGAAGCACGAAGGGCAUGGCUUGUAAACACACAGCAGGAGCUCCCCAUACACACACACACACACUCUUAGACACACACUUACACAUUGCGAUGAUCCACAGUGCCGCCACCUUCUCCCCCUAAUUCUGUCCAUGUUAAUUCCUUCUGAGGGGGAUCAGGGGCGCCCCAUCAUUACUCCCCUGGGGGUUACUCUUAGCCAAUGAGGCGUAAAUAUCUCACCUUGUAAUGGCAGUAUGUAAGUGCCUUGUAUAAAAUCAACUUUUAUGACCUUAAUAGAUCAUCAGGGACAGCAGAGCAGUAUUGCAUUGUGGGAGAGUCUGAACAAAAUUGACCAGCUUAAGUAAGUAAGCCAGACAUUACACGAGUGUAAAUAUCUGAAUUGGAAAUAUUUCAGAUGUUUACACUUGGUACUCGUCUAUGAUUGGCUCAUUGAAUUAAGCUAAAAAGAGAAAUAUUUCAUCUAAAAGAAUUGACUUAAGUGAGAUGACUUUUGACUCAAAACUAGAAUUUGAGUUUUCAUCAACUAAAACUGAAACUAUAAAAAGCAAAAAAAAGUCUUAAACUGAAACACGUUUUUCAUCUUCAGACUAAGAGUAACUAAAGAGUUGCUAAAAUUAACUGUGACAUGGACUUGUGUCACUGACUCAGAGUAAGCUCGGAUAAAUGUUUUAUUUUUUCAGCUCUUAUCUCGGAGCCCUGACUGUGUCACUGGACGUCUCUCCCUGAUCACAGAGCUGCUCUUUGUCAGAGCGGCCAGAGGGCGGGCAGCCUGUCUGACUGCUGACCAAGUGUGUGUGUGUGUGUGUGUGUGUGUGUGUGUGUUUGUGUGUGUGUGUGUGUGUGUGUGUGUGCAUUAGGAUUGUUAGUCGACACCCAAGCUGGGGGCACAUCUCCAUCACUUGAUGCUAUCUGGUCUGCAUCUGGAUCUGGAUCUGGAUCAGUGACUCCGCUUUGAGGAGGGAAUGCCUGUGAUUUUUUUGGUCACAUUUGAUUCAUGAUGACGAACGUAUUGGUCCUCCCCAUAAUGACACAGAGCAGCUCGGUGGGCAGAGGCUGAAGUCAGUUUUCAGCCUGAUCUGUAGCAUUCCUCACUUCAAAGGGGAAUGUUUUCAAAGAGACCUUCAGACUUCCAAGUUUGAAGUCUCGGGAGGCUUUUCAGGGUGACUUUGGAGUGAGUGGUAAGCUGCCGGUGCAGAUGUGAGGAGAUACAGCAAAGUGUGAGGUGUUGAAUAAGUAGAUGUGAACUGUUUUUGGAAGAGGUUGUCGUGACUAACAGAGAAUUUCAAAGUUGGUACUAACAGAAAAGAUUCCUGUGGUUACAGCACGCAAUCUGGAUCUAGUUAGCACCUUUGAGUUCUCUUUGGAGUGCCUACAAUUUAUAUACUGUCCUAGAAAGGUGUAAUACUACUACUACUACUUCUUAGAACUACUUAGAAGUAUGAUGAAAACUUUUUUUUUUUUCAUGCAAAAACUUAGGGGUGAAUUAUAGACCCUUUUAAAACUGACAUCACAAUAGUGUCAUGGUACUCAUGGUAUAAAAAGGUACUAAGAACUUAUUCGCCCUGAAUUUAGCUGUGUUGUUCUCAUUUGGUUUUUGUCAGUCAACACUAAACGCCUGUCCAUCUCCCCUUCGGCAACCCUGUCAAAUCAUCAGUCCACUGACAAACACUCCACUCCCAUUUGUCACUGUUAAUUUGUCCAUGGAAAACAAGCAAAAAACAACUUGCUAGCCAAUGCUGGUUGAGGUGUUUUUUUUGCAGUCAGCUAAGCCCCGCCCACAUCAAACUGUUUACGAACACUGAAAGGGUCUACAGCUUCUGAACAUCAAAAACUGAGACAAAGCAGUGGCUAAGGUUCUCUGUUUGAGGCAAAAAAGAAAGACAUUUCAGCUAUUCUUACUUCUAAAUUCACAACAAAUGUUGGUGACAAACUCUUAGUAUCUUUGAAAUGUUACAUUAUUUUCUGUUUGAACUCUUAUGAAACACAAUUAUUAUUAUCCAUGAACUACUUAAACAUGGCAAAUCAUUUAAUUUCUCUCAGUUUCUCAGUCUCGUUACACUUGCCUUGAUAAAACUUGCUUCCCCCCCUCCUAAAGAAGAACAAAAGACAGAAACAGAGCUUAUAUCUGCUGAUAAAGCCAGAAAACACAGUGGGAGUGGUAUGCAGUUUCAGUUGAAUUACUUUGGCUUGAGGGAAUGGACGGUUUAAAAUGCUCUUGCCUAUUUGCCCCAACACGCAGAACAGCUUGUGUUUUUCUGGAGGGAAAAUUCAGAGGUGUUGGUCAGCAUUACUCAGGGGGGUGGGGGUUGGGGGUCGGAUAUGUGAAGACAGGAGGGGGCAGCCACCUUUAGCUGCUUUUAUCCAACUGCCCCCAGCAGCUGAUUUCUGGAAGGUCACAGUCUUUUUGAAGCACCACACACAGUCAGUUUCCCCUAUCAGACAAAUUUAGUUUGAUCUAUUAUUCAUAAAAGCCCCCACCCAAACCCCUGCGCUGUUCAGACUCGUCACAGAGACUCCCAUAACUUACUUUUGUCGUGUGAAAAGGUCAAAGGUUUAUGAGAUUUCUCCCUAAGUGAGGAAAAUAUUGCCUCCCAUGAGCUGCUGGGGAAUGCCCCUCAAACCCGUGAAAGACAGAGGUUAAGGUCAUUCUAGUUUUUACCUCCAGUAGGUAUCUGAGGGGCUGUUUACACUAAAGCACACCCAAUAAAAUACGGUAAACUACUGGGGUGCCUUGGCCAUUCUCUGACAUGCUUCCUUUGUAAAACAACGUGAGGAAAUCAGGCCCUUGGGAUGGAAACAGUUCUGAUUAAUCUCUGAGUCACAGGCAUCAUAGGGGGUGGAGAAUGUGAAUGACUACCCUGGGCCCCAUCAGAGGAAGGGGCCCUUGAUGGACCUGAAAUGAAAAUGUACUUUUGGUUUGGAUUUUCUCCUCUAAGUUAUGGCUGCCAUAUGUAAGUGAAGUUAAAUCAGCUGAAAAAAUGUACAAUUUUCUCUCUGAGGCCCCUCUCAUCCCUGCUGUGUGUGCAAAAUAGUCUAGUCCAUCCAGUGCCAGCCUUCAGGAUUGAUUUAGUUGCACUCAAGAGAGUUGCCCAUUUGGGAAUAAAGCUGAACAGCAAGCAAUGAAUUUGAAUUUGAUUUACGAAAAAUAUACCUGGUGUAAAGUAAGGUAGUCUUGAAAGGUAAAAAAAAACCAGCCUCAUUACAACAAAGAAAACAUGUAACAUCACUGCACAUAGCAGAGUGACACUAAUGCCAAGAGUGAAACCAGAACCAGGUCAACCUGACAUUACAUGUCUGUGUCAGUUUGGUGAGCCCCCAGUCUCAGUUUUUGUCUUUUCAGGUGAGAAGUGUCUGAAAUGGUGGGCCUCUCAUUGCCCAGAGCAUGUUGGGGGUUCCCAGAUGAAGCUUUAAAAGCUUUGAAUAAAAAGUACCUACCCACCCAAAUGUGCAGGGACAGGCUGUGACAUAAACUAAGAGGAGCAAAAGAAAGUGAAACUAAAUGAGAUCAUGGGGAAACCAGCACUCAUUCACACGCACAGCUGCUGUUGUGACUAAAAAGUUAUUUAUAUCCCGCAAUGAUGUUAUCAUAAAAGUUAUUUAAGUCCAAUGAAGUCCUAGGAGCCUGGCUGAUCCAACACAAGGGGAAAAGUUCUGGGUUUUCCCAAAUCGCAGUCUGGGAGGGGGAGCUUGUCUUGUUUUGUAGGACAACUAAAACAAUAUAACAUAGUGUUGAACAAUAAUAGCCGUAAUGAAAAUUAGGAUUAUACAUCAUCACAAUUAUUUUUUAAGUGAAUUAAGUUUUUUAAAAUUUUAUUUCUUAUUUUUCUUUAAGUUAUAACCUGAAUUCAAAUGGAGAACCUGUAGCUACAAGGCUAAAGCAGUCAGUACACAGUAGAGCUAAUGUCUAGACACAGAUGAUAUGUUGAAUGUGUGGAUAUCCUGAUUAGCCUUUGUAGCCCUGACCUUAUUUCAGUUUUUUAUUAUCGAGUAUCUCUUGAUCCAAGGGACUCCAUCUGAAUUGUGUAUUAUAGCUGUGCACCUUUUUUUCUUACAUAAAUAUUUGUGAUGACUUCAGCUUAUUCCUUUUGACAAAGUCCAGCUAGUUCUUUUGUGAAACACUUAUAAUCUGUCAAACAUGGGCUGCUGUAUGAGACCCACCAGACUGGUGUGUAUUUGAUUUAAUACUGCACACUGAAACGCAAGGCAAUCCUGCUGUGAAAGCAACCCUCACAAGACGGUGUGAGGGUCGCAGUGGUGACACCCUGCGAGUAGACCAAGAACAUAAAUCAUGGACAUAAAAAUAGCAUCUUUUUAAAUUUACCCCCCUUUUCACGCUGUUUUUCACAAAUCACAUUACAUAAUGAACUGACCUGGAUCGCCUUGAACUAGAGAGUAGAGGAAACAAACCAGUAUGUGAUGAGGCUUACCAAUGACAGUGAACAGGUUGUGCAACUGACAAAAAACACUUCUGGUUUUAAAUCACCUCCAGUGUUGACACACGACUUGACUGUCCAAGGUAUCUCUGUAGUGCUGAGAGGACAGGACUUACUGUGGAUCUGAAAGAUGACAAAAGUCUGCGUUUUUUACCAGUAACAUGGGCUAGUUGUCUAAGGUGAUGAAAUAAACAACUGAUCUGUAAUUUUUGGCCUUUUUGCUCUCUUGAGGAUAUUCAUAUGUUCUUUAAGUCCAGAGUUUAGUGUGUUAGCGCGGCAGCCUUUUUCUCUGUUGCUUAAAUGUAUUUGUCCCAUGUUUGGUUUUUAGAUGUCAUAUCACAUUGGUUGUACUUGUACCUUGUGAAAGGAUCGCAUUGCAAAUAUUACAAGUGGCUGUAGGGCUCUUUUCACCAGUCAUAAUAUUUCCAUACUGCUGACAUGUUAGCCAAAAUGCUGCUGAUACAUUUAACAGACUGUCUUGUGUUUGGGAUAUGUUUUAGCCAAAUGUUUUAGCCCCCCUGGAGGGUUAGCUGGGCUGCCAUAAAGUGGUUGUUGCAGUCUGGCUCUGCAUGUGUAUUCCUGCAGUUGAAUUUAAGCCGAGGCUGGAGUUCAAAAUCAAUGUCCUGUUCAUUAUUUUUCUUUUCGGGUAAGCAAACCAAGGAUGCUUGGUUACAUAAGGCAACUUUCGUACAAUGCAUUCUGUGCAAAGUGUGUCCAGUGAUGGCUGUUGUAAAUGAUCGAGUUAGAUGCUCAGUUGAGGGAUAUCCUUAAAAGUAAAUUGUAGCAGGUUUCCUCCAAGUGUAUCGAGCAAACUUUAUAUUUAUGAGCAAAAAAGUAUGCCUGAUAUUUGAGCGGCAAAUAUCUGACUUGUUGUCUGGGCUGCAUUCAUGUGAAGGCCAGGUCAAACCCAUUCAGUCCUGCUAUAAAUGACACCCUGUAAGCUACCACAUAAAAAAAAAAAAAAAAAAAACUGUAGUAAUGACCCUACUUCGUAUCUCCUUUAAUGUUUUUGCUAUGAAAAAGCUGAAAACCACCUUGUUCAGAUUUGCUGAAACUGGUCUCAACUGGUGCAUAUUUGGCCCAUGAGGAUGCAAACUAUAUUUUCAGACAGUCAAAACUGUUACACACUCAACACAUGAUAAGUCAGUCCCUCAGUGAGGUGAGAGAUCUUUGACUCCGUCCAGUUUUUUGUUUCACAAUAUUUCAUUUCUGCACAAGCAUGUUGUCAGUUUGCAAACAGAACCUCAUCAUCUGCAGCUGCAUUUGACUAAGGAGCAUUCCUAGGGAUGCCACAGGAUUGUAUUACACCGUGUAUAUGUAGCAAGGGUACAGACAUACCUUGGGGGCAGAGGGCACAGUCCAGAGUUUCGGACUAAUAAAGUACAGGCAGGAGGAUGUGAAGUGUGUUUUGCAGCUUCUGCCUUGCUGACAGAGAGCUGUGGCUGACAACCUAGGCAACAGAAGAGACAUAAAAAGUGGGUCAUGUUGACAUUGUUUUAAUUGGUACAUCCCACUGCCUUCACAAAGCAAGCAUUCAUCUCGUGUUUUCCCCCCAAAGGUUCCUAAUGCAAGAUAAAGGAACUGCAGUUAGAGAUCACCUUGUUUGUUUAACCAGAAAGUGUCUGCCACCUUCAAGUUCAGCCCCUGGAUUCUUCAGGGUCAUUAAACAGUGGUGUCGUAAUGUGAUUUAACAGCCCGAGGAUUUUGGUCUCGGUAAUGAAGCUGAGAUAAGCUUGAAAGUCUGCAGACAACUUGGAUCUGCCACUGAAAGUUUGGUGAUUCAUUUCUCAUUUCUCUUUCUGUGAAAAUACUCUCUCAUACUUUGAUGUUACAGUGCGUAGUAUUUAGCAACACUUGAGGAAUCAAUGAGAUCACACAGUAUACAUAUAUAUAUAUAUAUAUAUAUAUAUAUAUAUAUAUAUAUAUAUAUAUAUAUAUAUAUAUAUAUAUAUGGUAUAUACUGUGUGAUCUCAGUGAUUCCUGAGAUUGAUUGUGUGUGAAUGCCUCUGAUCUUAGUAGAUCGAUAGCACAUGUUUUGCCUGAAGAAGUUGUUUUUAUGAACCCUUGUGUUGUCCCCAGUUUCCAUUUCCACCAUUUGCCUUUGCAGGGACACAGGUGGAUUCUUUGUGGGGAAGAAAUAAAAUACUAAAAAGAAGUUAACUACCAAUUUUUAGCACAAAACACCAGUCACAGCUUUUGUAUUUAUUAAGGUAGAGGUCUGUUGUAAUAGUUGUCAUUAUGGUUGUGGUUAUUUAAGGCAUGACCAUUAAUUUUAACAAAUAGAAAUGCUUUUGUAUUUCCUUGAGGAAAUCUGGUCUUUAACAGGAAAAAAUCCCCUCAAAGCUUCUGGGAUAAGUUUUUUAUCUGACAAUGAUGCUUUGUGCUCUAGGCUGUAUUCUUCUGAAUCUCUUGCAGAAACAUCCUCCUCUUUCAUUUUUAUCUUGCUCUUGUUUAUCUGGAGGAAUCCGGUGUAAGACCUGUUUGACAAUGAAAUGUGUACUUAUGGAUUUAGCAAAGAGAAAACUUGAUGUAUUCUAAUAAGCUCCACUUUUUCAUCAGAUGAAAUCCCUUUUAUAGUGUUGAUUAUUGCUAAAGAAUGGCUUAAAUCUCCUGAAAUUGGGUUUAUUUUACUUGUAAACUCUUUGAUCUUUAAACACGGGUGGGAUCUCAGAGGGGGGAAGAUGCACCUGCACUACAAUGUUUUACUAAAGUCUGAGUUCAGUCAGUAACGCCCACAAUGUCAAUUUGUUGUUGGUGUAAGUGUGUCUGUGUGAAAAGGGAAGAAAGACAUAGACAGUAUUUACUUGCAGGUGGGCUUCUCUUCUGAGGUUUAAAUGCUUUGAUGUAAAGGGUGAUAGUUGGACCCUGUUGGUGUACGGCUCACAAGAAAACAUAAACCAUAUUUAGUAUUGUCAAAAGUUGAGAUUAUUCUAGGAAAAGUCAUUAAAGUUAAAAAAAAGAUUAGAAAAGUGGCUGUCUUCAGAAAGUUAUAUUUUAUCAAUAUCGCACAGCUUUAUUCCUCCUCCAUGAAGUGGCUCAGAAAGAACAAACUGGACGUAUAAGUACCUUUUGUACCAAGUGUUGAUAUGCAAAAUGCACCAGUUAGAAAAAACAGAGAGUUGUUGUUAACUUAGUCAAUAGGGACGAUUUUUGCCAGUGCCGGUGUUGAACAGACACGUUUGUGAACCCUUACAUGUACCCAAAAACUUGUAUUCAUGGACAUAUAUGGUAGUAAAAACUUAGACGAUCAAACGUGUGUCACAGUAGCUUCUUGCCCUCAGAGGCCCACAGCGACCAAUUUCAAUGGAGAAUCUGGCAGCUAUUCUACUGCAAGUAUUCCCAUUUCUACAUACUUUACUUUUAACCAUGGAAAGCAAGACGGUCAGAUGAGGAAAUAUGUGCAGUGCUUUAUCCACAGUGCUGCUUGACCAUGGCACAAAGGAUACACACACCAAACAUGUAGUUCACAUCAAGAAUAAAACUACCAACACACUUGUGCCGCAGGAAUUUGAAGCCAGACGAGUCCUAUAGAUGAUAUCAGAAACCUCAGGGAUUUUACUGAAGGGAUAGUUAAAAGGUCAACAAGUAAUUUGAUCAAAUUUAUAUUCUGCUGUGAUAUCUGUGCAAAAAAAAUCAAGUAUGGAUUCCAGCUACUUCAUCCACCACCCAUGAAAAGGUCACAAGAGCUCAACCGAAUAAAAAUGUUCUUACCACAUGACAAGAUAAGGAGAAAUGAGACAGAACCAUGAGAACCAGAUAGAAGCUUUUUAACUAGCAGGUUGAUGGCAGGGUCUAUCAUAGGGUCCUAUCUGGUGAAAUUAGUCUUACUGUUGAUGUGCAUAAUGGCUUUUCUUCAGUGUGUACAGACAGGCAGACCUUUGGAGAGUUUUCCCUCCACAGUCACAACUUGAUUUUAAUUUUUUUAAGUUCAUUUGAGGUUUUUUUUUGUCUCUAAUCAGAUGACAGGACUGUGGAAAGAGCAGGAAAUUUGCACGAGAGAGUGGGAACAAUGCGUGGAAAGAACCAAUCUGCACAUGGGGCCCACCAUUUAACCCCUGACCCCAACCAUGACUUGAUUUUUGAGGUCGACACUGUAAAUUGCUUUGCUGAGCUCAGGCACACUAACACUAAUUGGCAAGCCACUUAAGUUAAUGUCAAUCUUGUGAAAGGCAGAAGAGGCAAAACAACAGAGUCUCAGGAGAUUGAAGAUGCUGACUAAGACAUGUAAAAAAAAUCACAGCAAAACCUCAGCUAAGUGGCUCCUAACUUUGCUAGCAGGACAUGAACUGGCUCAUAUGACAUUAAUAAUGAUUCAUGGUGCUGCAGAUCGAUGCACUCCGAUCUUUAACGUGGCAUUACUACACAGCUUUGCUUUGUCUGUCUUUGCCGGUAACUAAUGGUUACAUGGGAGUUUUUUCCUUUCAACACGAGUUAAAAUUAAGAUGUAUUAAAUUAAUGUUAUUUUAAAAAUGAUAGUGGUUUAUAGCUCUUUUAAAAGAGUUUAGAUACUAAAAAAACCAACACUGUUGUAAACACACAGAAAAACACACACUGAUAAAGCUAUUAAUAAAACAUCAGGUCAUGAUGAUUGUGAUAAGAGGCUCUCACAGCCGCAGUUAAGUGCAGUUAUUAUCUCAGCCCCACACAACAUUUCUCUGGAAGCAUGAUUGAAGUUUAGUAAUACCCUUCUUGUCUCCUACUUUCCUCUUUGGAUUCAUGUAAAGACAUGGAAAUUAUGUAUGUGAGACACAAAAACAAUCGAGUGAACGAUACAUACUUAAAAACUAACUGAUAUACCAUUAAUCUUGACCCUACACAGCCAGUGUGGCUCUGGUUUGGUAAAGUUUGUCUUUUUAUUUCAUGUGAAGGGAGAAGUAUGCUCCUUACAAGAACAAGGCAAACCAAGACCAAACGGCUGUACUCUCCUGUUCUCGACUGAGGCCGGGGGUAUUAAGGUCUAAUUUAGACUGUAGAACUUGAUGGGAACACUGGAAGCUCUGCCUCUUUGGGCCUUAUUGAGGAAAUACCAGGGUGAUCUCCUAUGGACCAGUCAGAGAUCACGCACAGCACUACCAAGCUGUCUCUUUGGAUUGUCUUAGUAUUUCAUGAGUUAUCUCAGGUAUUUCAUUCUGGACUACCAUCUCUGUGAGACAACAGUCUGAACAGCAGCUCAUGAGUCAGUCUCUCUGAUAUUUCUACUCCCACAUUGCUGUUUCAAAUACUUUGGGGAUCACCUAUAACUCUCUUCAUCAUUAAAGAGACAGAGACAACACAACCAUAAACCUUUUAUAUAGUUCUGUUGGGUAUUGCAGCAACCCCGAAAGUAAAGAUUAAACUUCAAAGGACACCAUCAUCUUUUCCUUUUGUAAGGCAACCCAUCUAGCUACGUACCAGCCAUACCUGUAUCUGUGACCGAGUGUUGCUUUCUCGGCUAACCAGUGGCCAUUACUCAAUCAACCAUCAACCAGUCUUUGUUUAUAUAGCGCCACUUGUUAUCUCGAGACACCCUACAAGAAGAACAGGUCUGGACCACGCUCUUUGUUUAUAUUAUUUACAGAGACCCAACAUCAAGAUAAGAUAGGAUUCAGCCCUAUCUCAAUGCCCUGUAAGCACGUUUAGCAUUUAGCAAGUUACAGUGGUGAGAAAAAACUUCCUUUAAUAGGUAGAAACCUCAAACAGAACCAGAAUCGUGUUAGACAGCCAUCUGCAGAGGCCGUACUGGGAAUAGAAAGGGAGUAAGAUGGAGAUACAAGAAGAGAGAGGGAUGGACAGCAUUAAGAACUCAUGCAGACCUGUGAUUACAGUGCCAAUAACAAUAGUAAUAUUACUCUACUGUUUACAGGAAGAGCAUGCUAGUGAUAAUGGACUGAUCUUAAUGCAGUUUAUGGCAACCAAAUUCAACAGGUCUAAUAACAGUAUUAACAAUUAUGUUGAUGGUAACAGGGUAGGACUUGAAAUAUCAAUAUUAAAGUUGGAGUCAUGCUGGUAACUUUAGCAUUAUAACGAUGAUAACAGUGAGACUGAAGAUUGUAGCACCCAGAGUCAAGCAGUGGGCUUUGGCAGCGGGCUGUCUGCAAUGAUCCAGAGGAACCUUUGAGACAAGGGGCCUCAGGGACUCCCAGAAAGAUCUAUUGUUAGGGAUUUAAGUGGGGCAAGAAGAUUCUAAGUUAAUGACAUGCAGGCUGAUAGAGGAGAGGGAGUGAAAGACAGGAGCUCAGUGUGCCAGAUCCCAGUCCACACUGAUGUCAGUCAGAAAUGACUCUGCUACCUCAUAUUUUUUCUACUUACCCACCACAGUGUCUGCAUUUGUGUGGGGGAAAGCAAACCUUCAUUGUGUAUGAACAAAACCCAAAUUAUGUUUGAACCAGUGAUGCAUGAAUUGCAAAAUCUGUGUAAACAGUGGAAACUGGUACAAAGCCCACCUGUGUCCCUGUUAAUCUGGUAUCAGGCCAGUUCAUGUUGGGUGUUGUGCUUACACUUUCUUGUCUAACUUCUCAGUUUAUAAGGGAUAUCCAAUAAUUAAACUUAGUGAAAUAGAAAAAUAGAAUAGAAAAAAAAAGCACAUCACCUCUUCAAUUUUUGUCUGAGAGCAAAGUAGACAGGAUUGUGACUGAACUGCUAUUUCAAAUAACUGGAUUAGGCAAAGAUUUCUUCAAUCCAAAUAACAAAGAAAAGACUUACCCGAGCAAUAGCUUGAGGCUUUUCAGCUUAAUUUCCUUUCAUAUCUCAUCUAAACCCUGAAGUGUAACUUUGAAUAGAGACGCUUUGUCGUAUUAAGGCGGAGAUCACCUUGAUGGUUGUGUUGGCCAUUAAUGGUCUUUACAAACUCAACCAGGCAUGUGUAAAAUAUAAAAAGGCCAAGAACCUUAAUUCAUCAAAAUUUCAGAACUGAAUGUGCAAACCUGAGAGAAAGAUGGGCCCCUCUGUAUAUUAGCUGUUCACAUCGAGCCGAACAGUCUGUUCUUUUUGCCCAGAGGUUACACAUUGAAUUUGUCGGCCAUGUUCAAACUUGCAGAGUGUUUUCUGAGUCAACGGAUGACCUUUGAGAAGCGCUUCAGGCAAAAUUCCAACUCUUCUUUAAAAAACUGAAGAGAGAAACUCCCACCUGAGUCCCCAGCUCAGAGACACUUAACAGGUCACACUGUGUUGUGGCGCUGUGAAAGCAAAAGAGGCAAAUACACACACUCAGACAUGUACUUGCACAUACAGUACAGCACCUUUUCUGCCUUCAGUCUCCUUUACUGCCUCUGAUGAAUGAUCCUGAAUGUUAUACAUGGUAGACGAGGCGUAUCAUGAAUGUAAAAAUACCACCUGAACUAACAAUCUGUAAGCAGCGAGGGUUACAAACGUGGUUACAUGGGUGGCUACAUCCAGUAAGAGCUGAGGAUGGCAGGUGCUACACCAAGACUUGGACAAAGAGAUGAGAAAUGGGCGUGUGUCUUUCAGCAAGCUCACAUGGAGAACUGAUGAUCCAAUAAUGAAGCAGCCUAUAGUUUCUAAUGACAGAGAGUAGACUGUCAGACCUACUCUCCUCUCUGAGUUAAAGUGGAUCAAACAGGUUGUAGUUGAGCUGGGUGAUUAUGAUUAUGUUUGUGGCUUCCCAUGAGUAUAAAAAUAUGAAAAUUGAGACUGAAAAUCUUUACCCCCCCUUGAAAGCAGAGUGUGGGUGUGGCCCCUCCCCUCCAACAGCUCUUACUUUUACACUAUUUUGAUAUCAGCCAAAAUAACCUAGGGCAGCCAUAAUCAGGCCGCCCUGGGUUGUCAGAGGAAAUGAACUGAAACAGAUUUGUCACUGUGAAAAAAGGAAGUGAGUCAAAAGGUAUGACACUUAGCCACAGAGUUCAGAGGAACAUGACAUCAUGGCAGAGGGAGGAAGAAAUGAGAAGAGGAAGAAAUGAGCCAGACAGCCAGCUCCUGGAAAGAGAAGAAACCAGAGAGUUUUAUGGUGAUUGAGGAUUAAAAUUGAAGGAUUGCACCGCAAAGAUCAUGCACAUGUUGAAUAGUCAUGUUGGUAAAGGAAGUUAGCAGGUAUAUUUAGACCAAAACUUGCAAUUGUGGCUGUUGUCUCAUCUGUGCUAGAGCAUUUUCACACGGUACCAUUGCUUCACCAUAUCACACAACAUUUCCACAAACUUUUGGCUCAUAUUUAAGUGAUUAAUCACCCUGCCUGUCAAACAGUUCCACAGAACAUCUUUGUUUCAUUUUUUUUUUUACAGAUAGCUGUGAAAGCUUUAAAUUUUCUUUCACUGAUUCAUCCUGAAAUCAGAGACUGACAAACCUGAAAAACAAGCACGACUGCAUUCCUGCUGGGCAGGCGUCAUAUUUCUAGUCACCACUGUGUUAUCCUACAUUUCAGAUGGUUACAGACAUUCUUCUUCCUUUGCAGCUUUAAGUCCUGUGGCUUGGCCCAUUUCAGGUCUAGUUGUUUUUUUUUUUUUUUUUUUUUUUUGGUAAAUAUAAAAAUUAAAGGGUGUCAGUAUGCCUGCAAAAUGAAGUUAGAGUUUUGAGAAGAAAACUCAGAAAACCUUAGGCUACUGAGUUUCUUCAAAUGAUCAAAUAUUAUAUCUGCUGGCAGAAAAGAAAGAGUAUUUACUGUUACAAAUUAAGAUUUGUCUGUCUAGUUAAGAAAGUGAUGGAAAUAGGUUGCUUGAUAUUAGUAGGUAAAACAUUGGGGGUCACUUUUCUUUCAGACCUAAACUGGCUGACAGACAACAGAUUUCUUCAGGGUUUCCCCAACAUGUAACUAAUCGUGGCGCACCACCAUGGCUAAAUAAAAGCCGCCACACCUUACAUGGCACUAUCCCAGAUUCAAUGUCUAUCAGUAUAUGCUCACACCCAGUAUUACCAUUAGCAAGUUAUGGUCUGCGUGAUCACACCGCUUAAACACACACAGUCCCCCUGUUCUUAAAUCACACACCAACACAGAUAGAUUCCCGUUCUGUGGGAAAUACUGUUUGUAUUGAAAAAAGAAGGGUUAUAUUACACUUCUUGUCAUAUGUAUGGUACACAAAACAAAGUAAAAGGACCCAAAAAUGCAGAACUAAGGGUUUAUAAAAGUAAAAGCAAAAAGUUAAAGUCCAACUAAAACUUUCUCUCAAAAUGUCCAAACAACUCCAAAAGUCCAAAAAACACAAGAAGCAAAUCCAGAGAAUCAAAUGGGUACUGGGAAAAAACCACAAGGAGACAACUGGGGACACAAGCAUAUGCUGACAUUGACAUACGCGCGCACAAACACAAUGAACUAACAAAGACAGAGAGGAAGACAGGGACUAUAUUACACACUGGGAAACGAGCAACAGGUGAGGAUAACGAGACACAGGUGAAACUCAUGGGUGAUUAACGAAGGAGGGAAAACUAGGGAAGUAAAACCAAACUAGAAACAAAAGUAAUCAACUACUACAAAAUAAAACAGGAAACACUGAGAACUGAUCUAAAGAAUAAAACACAGAGAACAGGAGGGAAACAGGGUCAAUACAAACUGAAAACUCACAAGACUGGACUACAAAGGGACAGGAACACUAGGGGAAAUGAACCGGUAGAAAACUAAAUAAAUUGAACAUAUCAUGACACUUCUUCAUCGUCGAUGGGCCAAAAGUCAGAACGUGCUCACAGUUUAUUGGACUUUAAAUGUCAGCCUCCACAAACAGCAUUUAUGUACAUUCAAAUCCUACAUAAGAAAUCUUUCCCUCAGUCUCUGACAGAAUAUCUCUGAAUGUUGGUCAUAUCUACAGUUACCACAGAGGGCUAAGAUAGGCUUGUCUCCAUGGGUUGGUGGGAUUCAUCGGGUGGAUUUGCAGUUUCUAGAUAACUGUCUCUAGAUAACAAACCUCGUUAGGAUAAAGCGUCUAUCCUGGUUCUGUUCACUGUCACUACUCUCCUUAUCAGCCACACUUGGAGCACCUGGACGCUUGUCUGCUAAUGGAUACUUUUUUUUCUAAAGAGCCUCACUUGAUGACAAGCUGUGACCAUUAUUAGCAGUGAUAAAAAUGGGAAAGUGCCAUGAGCUUACUCUUUCACUGUUUCUGCUCACAGACCUCCAGUGAGAGAGAGCAAUGAUGUAAUUCACUUCCCUAACUGACUUGGGCAAACCUCAUGCAUGCUCACUAAGAGGCAUAAUAACAGGGCAUUCGCUGAAAGUCCAAAUUUCUAAUUACUGUCUGCGUCUCUCAGUCUUCCGUCUCCUCAGCAGGGAAAACAAAUGCUGGCUCUGCCCAUUGUUCAUGUCAAAUUGGAUUGUUAAAAAGUAUUAAAAGGGACAAAGUUUCUUUUUUUUCUGAAACACAAGAGGAUGAUGUUUUUGUCCAUUUCCGCUGAUGAACAAUAUGUUGCUCUUCAGACAUGCUGGUGCCUCUUCAGCCUGCUGAAGCAGCAGAGGGCAUUUUUCCAUGAGGAAUGAAUUAGCCCCCAAUUCUCAAGGGUGCUUGCCUUUCCAUCUCCACCUCCUCCUAAAGGGCACCACGCACAGAGGGCAAGCUGAGGCCAAGCUGCAGCACAUGAAGCUCGUAUGAAGUGUGUUUUUCACUAUUGAAGUGAACCAGCGGUGGUCCUCUAAGAGAAGGAGAGGAAAAAGGUAGCAGCUGAGAACUUCAACACAGAGUCAAAACAAGACAGAGCUCUGUGUCUUUGGGUUGCUUUUGUGCUUCCCAGUCACCGGUGACUGCCAAGAGGGCAAAGAUUUGAUUUAAGGACACUGAACUCUGUGAGAAAUGUUUACUACAUUACAGGAGUUUGAGCACAAAAGAGACCCUCUUCUCUUUAAACCGCUGAAUAAUCAGCUGAUUGUCUGUAAAAAAAAAAAAAUACAGGAAGAGUUUAGAGUGUUAUUCCAGACAAGACGGAUUUCUCUUCUUCAUUAAGAGGAUGAUAGUUUCUUACAAUAAUAAUAAUAAUAAUAAUAAUAAUAAAAAGGGGAAAAGUGAAUUAUGAUUCCAGAUUAAAUUUGUUUGUGAAUUGAUUCCAAUUCAGAAUCUGCUCCACUUACUGAUCCUGUUUUUUUAGUGAUUUGUGACUUCUUUAUCUUUGGAAUAUAAAAAAUUACAAACAUUUAUAAAACAAUUAAUUUCCCGGUGUUUGGUUUGAGUUCUUAUUGUUCCUGAUGAACUGAUGAAACACAACGCUAUGAAUCGGGAUUAAACCUAAAUUCAGUGGUGCAUUUGAAAUACCUAAAUAAUGAUGAUUCAACAGUGGCAAAGAGUUGCGACCCUUUCACUACAAAUCUUGUCACCACAUGUUGACAUUCCUCCACUUUCUCAGGGUGACCAUACAUCCUCUUUCACUUGGACAUGUCUACUUUUUGGGGGCUGUCCGGGUUUGUCCAGCUUUGUCCUGGGAAGUUUAUAAAAUCCUUUAAAUGUCUGUGUUUUUGUAUGGAGGUUUUGGGUUUGUGUCACAUGGACUUACUGAGUUAGAAGCGUGUAAAAGACACUCAAUCCGACCCAAAAAACUCUCAAAAUUAACUUUGAGUGACUCCGUGUCUCCGCCCCCGCGUAGUUGUGUCCUCUUUUUGGGAAGUCAGAAUUUGGUCACCCUAACUUUCUCCUUUUUCUACACCACAGGACUCUGUGUAGGAUAAAGAGGUGCUCUCAGAACUUUUAUCUUACAAAUAUGUAAUCAGCCACAUUGAGUGCCGGUCAGCUCUGCCCAUGAAGUUAGAAACUGCUGAGAGGACAGAUAUGCAAGCCAGGCUACAGUUUUCUGCAGAGGAGGUUAAGUACCCAACAUAAUUCAGCUAAAUUACAAGACUCUGAACCAAGAGUUCAUUUAAGUGUGAGUCUGCGGUGGCAUUUUUCAGCACUUGUAUUUUUGCAAUUGGGUAUCCAGCUCAUCCUUUCACAAUGCACAUAUUAUGUCUGGUUAACCUUCAAAUAAUCUGAUCAAAUUUGAAACACUUCAUAGAUAUGAUUCAUGUACCUCAAUGGUGUUCUGUACCUGAGUGUGAUAAGAUGUUGUUACAGCUGCCAGGAGGCACAUUUAAAACAGUACAUUUCCUCAAAUUCACGCUGUGUUGAAGCGCAUGCUUCAUCACUCUGGAGGUGCUUCUGACCUUGCAUGAAAUGAUUUUGCCACAAGUGUUGUACUUCCCUGUGUCGUUAUCUGCGACUAAACUAGCUGCGGUCAGCACAGCAGGUCAUGGCAGAAAACUAAAAUGUCCACGGACUGCACAAGUCUCAAUGAGAUUUAAUCCUGGAAGAUUUAUGUUCCUCCGAGGAACCAAAAACAGAACUGGGAUUCAUGCGCUACAAAUCUUAGAAAUUUAGAAGCAGUUUGAACUUGAUACCCAAGCCUAUAGUUUAGUUGUACUUCUGUAAUAAAAAAGAAAGAAGCAGUUGAAGUGAAAGAUAAUGAAAGUCAUGCGUCUAGCAUUUCAUAUGACUAAUCUGAGUCACAUAUCUCAAAUGUUUGUCAAAAUGAUGAACUAACCCCUGAAUUUUUGAAUGUACUGCAGCUUUUGUCAUGUGAGUUUUAAGUUUCCUCAGAAGAGACAAAAGGUUUCUGUUUGAUCCUGUAGCGUUUCAUGAAAAAAAAACAAAAAAAAAAAAAACAUAGGAUCAUACUCCCCCAGAGAAGUUUUCUCAUUUCCAACCUUCCAUUUCUUACUCAGUAAGUCAGUUUUUGGUCAUGUUCACCUUUUGUUCUGGCCUUAUUUAAACCCAUGGGCAUUCCUUGAUCGAUCUGUCUUGCUCUCUGUCAUGGUUGAAAUAUAAAUAGGCGACCCCCUCAGACCUCUGACUGGUCUGCAUUCCUCUGCAGAGGCAUAUGAGCAGCAAAGAUGAAUGACAGUACAGAUGAAAAAUGGACCCAUACAAUCUGUUUCCUUGAGUUUUGGGUCUAAGUAUGCACACUCUGUCCCAGGUAGCUUGGUAAUUACAAAUGCAGCUGUCAGCAAGGACUCUCUGACGCACCCCCUACCUCACACACGCAUGCACACACACACGAACAUACACACACACUUCAGAGGGAGUGGGAAGAGUUAGUGUGACCUCUGUGACCCGUCUUACCCACUGGACUCACGUCUGAUGGGAGGGAGGCAAAGACAGAGGGCUGUUUUUCUCUCAGCCACCUGUUUAACAUUUUAUCUUGCAGCCUGGUGUGUUUGCUGUCACAGUCCAUAUUUGCAUAGCCAGUGUUCUGCCUUUUCGGCCUCUCCUCAGAGGCAGGAUGUUAAUAUGGAAGGAAAAAAUAACCCCCCAGUUUUCUGCCUCAGAAAACAUCCAAUUUCUUCAAGGGCAAUAAAACCACUUAUGUAAUGUUUACUCUCCCGAAAUAAAUUUAAACAGCAGAGGGAGGACACUUUUUUACUUCAUGCAGCAGUGUAUCUUAAGUUCAUAACUCAUCAAAGUUGGAAUUACUUCCAUGCAGUCUUCAAAAUAACUAAAAGUCAUAAAAUCAAUUUAGGGACAUUUUUUGCAAUAUGUUCAUUUCAAAGUGAUUGGGUUACAAGAAUGGCGAAUCAGAGGCACGACUGACCUGACAGAGAGGAGACUAAAGGCCCGCCUCUGGUAGGCUGACAUAAACUUAUGUUUUCAAUAUGGCGAUCGCCACCGAUAAGCUUCAAAACGCUGCUUCACAAAACAAAAGGGCGAUGUUCAUCCAUAUAUAGUCUACGGUGUUAACCAGGGAUCUAUGGUCAUUUGUGAAUCCCCCGUGAUGUCACAGUUUGAUGUGGCACAUGUACACAGGGUAAUUUAAUGAAAUUUACUGACAUUUCUGAUUAAAAACAAUGAGGAGCUACAAAACAUCCACCUUUUCUGUGUGGGUAGCACCACACUCUGUAAUGAGCAAGAAUUCAUGAAGAGAAAAAGAUGUUAAUUUAAGGUAAAGUCCCUUAAAGACCAUGCAUUAAAAACUAAAGGAUACAUAAGGUUUAUAAGUUCAUGUUAUAUAGAUGUUUCAUAAGCUUCCAUACUACACAGCAGUCUAUAUUGAGCCCAAUCCCCGCCUUCUCCAUCCUUUGUUAUUCACAUAGCGAGAUGUGGAUUUGAAGUGUCUGUGCAGGAAGUGAUUGAAAAGCAACAAUGAAUAAAACACUAAACUUUUCUUUGGUUUUGUAAUUAUGAAGUGUGUUGGUUGGUUGGCUCAGUGGUGUAAAUGUGGAUGAAUGACUUGUUGAAGUGUGGGAUGUUGUGGAGCAAAAUUAAACAAACACAAAUGUGCAGGUGAUGACUGGAAUGAGGCCAGCUGUAAAAAGAGAGAGAGAGCAAGCGAGGAAAGGGUUUGGCUUUUUGUUCUCAAGUGUUAAGCCGAUGUGACGUACCAGCUUUUAGUUUAGAGGAACAAGGAUGAGUUAGUAAAGUUGGCUUAGAGAAAGUACAGCUCAGACCGUCAUAUCAUCAAGUUAAAUCAGAUUUAAAACAUUUACUAGGUUAGUAUUAAUUUGAUCAUGCAGUGUUAGACAGCGCGUCAUCCUGCUGCACCCAGAGGGGACACAGAGAGAGACUGGAUAACAUCAUAUUAACAUGAUAACAUCCCAGUGUUUCCAGGCAUGUAGGUUAUAGUAGUUUGUUGUAUGUCAUAGCCUGUAAUGUCAAGUGAUGGAUUUAAUCACCUAUUUUUAUUGCUGUUUCAAUGUUCAUUUCUAUCUAAAUGUUAUUUGUAUUUACUGAGUGGCAUACCAGUAAGUAGGGAGUCUCUAUACUUCGUAUUGAAAGGAUCCAGCUGAAUUUGCAUCCAUACGAAUGUCUAAAUCCUUAUUUAUAAUGUAGCCUUCAUCAUUUUUAACCAGCAAGAGCGACAAAUAUUACCACCCCAAAUUACUGAAAUGAUGAUUUGGAUUGAAUUAGUCUUAUCAGUAGACCUUUGCAUGUCUGGUGAUUUGCCAAAUUUAUAAAUGAAGACAUGAUUGAUUCACAUUGGAUUAAAAACAGAGAUGUCCUCCGCAGUUAUUACAAAUAAGCGGGCUUAGUUGGCGUCUGUCUAGCCAUUGUAGGUCCACAACCAGUAAAAUCCUGACAAAUCUGAGGUCACCUGUAAAGCUCAAGCAUUUUGGCGUGCACAGGAAUAUGCAGCUGAUCCAACGAUAGGCUGCUGCCAGUUUAGAAACACAACGCUUAACUGCAUUCACAGAUUAAACUUGCAUACUACAAAGUAAGUUCUCAGACAAGUGCGUGGAGUACACAGCGUCUAAACCACGGCUUGGUAAAGAAAUGACAGCCGACGUGCAAAAUGCAGGUCGGUUUUAAGUUUGGUGAGUAAUUCUGAGAAGAAUGUUUGAAACGUGGUGAGUAAACGCUCAUACCAAAAUAGUCGUGUCAUAAAAAGAAACAAGUAUGCUGAGUUUAUAGGGCUUGUUGGUGUACCUCCAGCCUCUGUCUCUCUUCUCCUGCCUGGAUUUCUGAACUUAUGGGGGUCAAACUGAUGUAUGCAAACAUAAAGUAAAUGUCACUGUCCUCUGAUGCUCAUGCACAUAGCGAGAGACCCACCACAUGCUGCUGUUUGCUGUAGGAGACAUCAGCUACCCUGAUACAAACUGUUUUUCACAUCAAGGCUCUACACGUGGCCUUUCCAUUCAAUCUGCAAGCCGGAUACCGUCGUUAUUAUUUUUCAUAUUGUCCACAAGAGAUUUGAUCUGUGUGCUUCUUUGAGAGAGGAUGAAAUAUGCACUCAAUUAAUGAGCAAAGUCUGUGCUGGCUCUGCCUCUCCUGCUCCUGCUCACUGGGACAAACACACACGCUGUGCUGGAUAUAACUGUUACCACCUCCCUCCUGUAAAUGCUUUGACAUUGCGACCUCAGUUUAUACUAUGAGUGCAGUGCAACUGGUUUGUCUGACUGCUGUGUUACCAUGUUAGUUUUGAUUGUUUUAUGCGUCACACUGGCCAAUUAACUCCAAGCUUCCUUCUCAUGUGAUUCAGCUGCUCUAAAAAUAGAGUAGCAUUGAAAAGGAAGUGGAACUGGAAGUGUUUAAAGGUGACUAAAUGAAGCGUACAGGAGAGAAGGUGUACGUUUUUAUGAGAUGGAAAAAAAAACAAAAUAGUGUUGAUAGCAAUAGGGGAUUUACAGCAUUAUGAACCAUAGAAAACAACAAAAAAAAAUGAAAAGGCAGACGGAAAAUAUUUUCACUGUUCUGUGGGAGUUAUCCCAAAUUAGCAACUGUUUUGUUUCUCAAUCUAUUAAAAAUAUGAAGUGGAAAAACUAGUAAAAUGUGUGGUGGUGCUGAGGAAAGUUAAAGCUCACUAGUGUAACCAUCUUGAAAUAGCAUUUAAGUUCUUAGGUUGUGUUGAUAAAGUCUUAAAUGAGCUUUUUUAAAAGGUUAAUGAUUUCUGUCUGCACCCUUGGGGAGUAAAAUAAAUAUAUUUCAGUAUAAAAACAUAACCCAAAAACUUUGCCAGAACAUACCAAAAAUGUCAAAAAGUCAAGACAGCAGAGCUCAAGAGAGGCCGCCUUAAAUAAUGAACUUAUUUUUAGUUUACAAGGAGUCCCAGUUGACCAAGUUUCCAUCAGGCUGUCAGUCCAAAGGAAAAUAAAAGGAAACUAAAACUCCAUCCAGAAGCUGCACCUUGUCUUUGUCUUUGUGUUUGUUCGACCUGUCCUGAAGGAGAGGGGGGCCUUGUGGGUAACGUAUGUCUGUGACACGGUCCAGCAGGUUUGUUACGAGAAACCAGUCCCUCCUGUGUUUAAGUCAAAUAAAGGAAUGCUGACGUUUCGUGGACAUAGUGAAGCCCAUGCUGUCAUGCGGCGCUUUAGCCGUCAGCGGAAAGUGUCCAGAUAAGCUCAGGUUCAAGAACAGCAGGUUGUGAGAAGAGAUGUGUGUGUUUUAGCCGGUCUCUUUUUUUUAUCUAUGAUCCACCACUAAAAACAUCAAAUAGCAGGAGUAUAAGAGUUAUUAAAAAAUCAAGCUGGGCUCUCCUCAUGACACCUUGUGAAGCACACAUUUUAAACAAAUGUCUCAUAGCAGGUAGAUCACGUCUCUGUUUUUCAUAUGAGCUUUUUGACUGUAGGUGGUCAUUGCAUAUUCUUGUGGGUCCAGUCGAUCAUAUGCUGACAAAACUUGCAGAAAAGUUGCUCUUGUGAUCCAUUCUUUCCAAAUUCUGGUUUAAAUGUCGCGCUUAGUGUCCCAUUUCUUAACUUUCGGAUGACUUUGACAUGUCAGAUGGCCUUUUUUCGCCAUGGCUGUCUUAACCGUGCCUGAUGUGAAAACAGGUGACACAAAGACAGGUUGAUGGGAGCCUCAGUGGUGAACACUUUUCUGUUGAUUUAGUGAAAAACUCAAGUUAAUGGGAAGAAAACUGAUUCUUUUAAUGCAAAGAAAACACUUUUUUUUCUCUGUAUUUACAAGAAGUCAUCAGGGGUUCAAAUGAAAACAGUGAGCCAAGUUGUGUGAAAUGAAUUCGUGGUCAGGUGCAUGUGACCUGUUCUGCAUGUCAUUUGCAACAUUUACCUGCAAGAGCAGAGUGAACCUUAGUGAAUCCAUGUAUGCUAUGUUUGUGUAGAGUUGUCAAAAUUGAUGUAGUGGAUCAUGGAUAUCUGAAAACAGAUGACGCAGAACACUAAAAACACUGCUGCAGAAACUCCAGCAGAUGAUGGAGAGAUUAGUAAAGUUACAAGCAGCAUUGCUACACCAGCUGCUGGCGCUAGAUUACCUAAACCACCCUGCUCUAACCAGCUUCUUCCUGGCCCCAUAACAAGACUCAAACACUGCCACCAUUGGCUGCCCACAUGACCAUGGUAAAGAAGAGCAUGUACAGUGUACAGUGGGCUUGGAAGUUAAUUUCCCAGGUUAUGGUUUGUUGUUUGAAUGAUUUGAACCUGCAUGUGGAAGUGUUUUGGUAAACUGCUUGAACCACAUUUGGAAUGUUCUUGCUCGGUUGAUUUCAAAACAUAAAUAUCAUGCAGGAUUAACAUCUGUACCAUUUCUCAUUCCUGACGCUGGUCACGGUCGCUGCACUCUCUUCAAUCUCAGAUGCAUCAUAAGUCAUUUUGUUCAAGGUCUGGAGAAAAGUUCAACAGUUUGGUAGAACUUAGAUUUGCAGAUGGAUAUAUAUGUUUGUGCUUCCUUUUAGGCGGUGUCCUCCAUAAAAUAUGUGGCAUUAAUAAGCUUGGAUAUCUUCAUAUGGAGAAAGUAUCCGUAGCCUGUAUGUUUUGUGCAGGUGUUUGUGCAAUUGAAGGUAAUCUAAUCUUAAACAAUGAAGGCCUGUUGUUCUGUUCCUGCCUAAAAUCCUGGUGUGUCAGGAUGAUUUGUAGCAGAGGAGUGGUCAGUGUUUAUGUUCCCCCCUCUGCCCAAAUGUAGCAUCAAGUCAAGGCCAUGAUGCCCCCUUGCAUUCCUGUGCAUGUCUAUGGCACAGUGGAGAUGUCACACCAGAUAGUGGCUGUACCUCCACUCUUCUACUGCUCUAUUCUUGUUUUACUGUGUAACUUCAGAUGUCUAAACUACACAGCUUCAGGGAGUGCAGCUAAGCAGACGUUCUGAAUGUAAACUUUGUUUCAUAAACUUUGCCUCCAGCAUCUCCUUUAACAUACACUCACAUUGCUGCAAUGAGAUGACAGUGUGUACAUGUGUUCAGUAAGGUAGUGGAAUUUGAAGGCCCAGAACAAUGCUACCUCAGUGUAGAAUGUGCGAAAACUUCUGCCCUCAUCUGCUGAAUUACUCCUUUUCCUUUCUCUGUUGUCCAGCUGCCUUGUAACCUCUUUGUAAGGUGAGGCCAUAGAGUUUAAAUAGCUAAAGUUGAGGAAAGGACACACUUACAGUCCUAGAGAGUGUGUUAAUGCAAGUCAAGCCAGUUUGUGACCAACUGUAAAGUUCUCAAUUAGUAAGGCUGGGGAUUAGGGCAGGAUCAAAGCACCCGUUCAGGAUUUAAAAGUUGGACAGGAGAGACGAGGAGGAGGCUGGAAUGUGUAAGAAGGGUGAGAUCUGUGUGUGUGUGUGUGUGUGUGUGUGUGUGUGUGUGUGUGUGUGUGUGUGUGUGUGUGUGUGUGUGUGUGUGUGUGUGUGUGUGUGUGUGUGUGUGUGAUUUGGGAGGGGGUCACAUAAUGAAAGGGUUGUGCUGAAACACCUGAAGUGCCUUCAAAGUAGCUACAGGCAGUGAGCUUUUUUGUAAUGACUAAAUGACCACAUUAAGUAGAACUUCAUUGAUCCCAUUUGGGAAGAUCCCCUCAAGGAAAAAAAAAAAGAAGAUAUGAAUAAAGUUUAUGCAAAGGGACACAUCUGUGUACAGGUUGAAAUUAUAAUUCAAGAGCUGUUCUGUGGUUGAAAGAAGAACUAGUAUCAGGGGUACUGAUUAUAAUUGCAGUCCAUACAUCUGACCACACUUCAGUGUCGGCUGGUCAACAGAGGGCGCUAAGACACCCCGCCACUAGACCCCUAGAUUACAUGCUUCCUGUCUGGUUUUCAAUCAUUUCUCUUGUUUUAAGUUGUAUCCAUCAAAACAAGCAAUAGGAGUUACUCAAAGCACAAAUAUUUGUGUUCACAGUGCAUUACACACCAGCAGUUAGCAGGUGGUUUGACACAUGGAGAGCAAGGCAUGCAGGGUGAGGUCUAUGUGGGUGAGUGGCUGAACCAGAUAAAAGUUUGAGGCUUGAGUCACAGAGAAAGAGAGAGGGCUAUUAGCAAAGUGCAGAAAAAAUCUGAGUGGCCAAGAAAUCAUGCUGUUUGAGAGGAGAUAUUUGCAGGAGAAGCUGAGAGCUAAAGAGCUUCUUCUUGACCAGCCAGACUUCAGAAAUAAAGAGCACUUCUGGAAGAAUUAAUACGUCCAAAUUUCAAAGAGCUGGUUUACCUCAAGUGUGGCUUGGCUAGUAAUGCUAAUGUUUUAUUUACCCCCCCCCCCCCAAUUUUCUGAACAUCAAGAUCAAAAUAAUGGUUCGUUAAAUGUAAUUGAUAUGAAAUGUUGAAUCUAUUCAAAGGCCAAAUUGCCCAGCACUAGCCCAACUUCUGGUCAGAGUGUGGUGCCCAGCUCUUGACACUGAAGCUCUGUGUGUUUGAGCUAAUUGGACUGGUCUGUAGUAGUCAGCGUUACUUUGCUCUAGUCAUGUUGCUGAUGGUCAAUCAGUCAGCUUUUAUGAAGAGUGAAAGAAAGUAAUGUCUUUCUCUUCAGGGAAUUGCUGUAACAGAACCUUUCAGCUUCUGGGCAUUAUCAACCCAUCAACAUUCCUAGUCCCACAUGGAUCAUAGUGCAUGCCCUAUUGUAGAGUGCACUUGUCUUUCAGACCGGAAAGAUGAGUAUUUAUACCCCCAUAGGGCUUUGCUGAGCUGAUUACAUGGCCUGUGUUCCACUCAUGCAAUCGCCAUUUUCUGCCUUAAACUCUGUGCUGGUGGUGGCUCCAAGGUGGAUAUGAUAAGAAGGCUUUGUUCAGUGCUAAAUGCAUUUUCUCAGGUAUGUAAAUGAGUUGACCUGAGGUAAUGGUGGACCCACCCUUGAAUCACUGAAAUUUAUUGACUCCUCCUUUAUAAUCAAUAAACAGCAUAAUAUCCAGGCUUCACUUUUAAGCCUCCCAUUGCACUUGGACCAUCAUUUUUCUAUUUUUAAAAGUGCUCAUCGAUAAACCACAUUAUCAUUUGGUGACUUCCCCCCAUCAUGUAUGCUAUGAAUCUUUUAGAAGAAGAAGAAGAAGAACUUUAUUGAUCCCCAAAGAGAAAUUAAAUCAUUUUAGACUAGCUUAGUAUACACAACCACAGUGAUGUUGAGGCCUAAUGACCUUAAAGUUGUCCUAAAGACAAUCAUCCACACUCUUCACAUGGAGGGUUAGCCACAGAAGGCUGGCUGUUCACAGACUGCUGUAUCAAACCAUAUUAAUAGACAGCUGACUAAAGGGGAAAGGUUUGGCAGGAAAAGGUAAGCAAGCACUGGGGACAACCACAGCCUUGAGAGAAAAGUUGGUUCAAGAGAGCUUCUUCUCAGGUAUACUGAGGUUAAUUUAGCAUGUCAUUUGUAAAUCAAGGUCCUAGAGUCUGGAGGAAGAGUGUAGACGCACAGAAUCCAACUUGCUGAAGUCUAAUGGGAAGUUUCCACAGUCAGUGAUGGUUUGGUGUGCAAUGUUAUCUACCAGUGUUGGCCCAAUGUGUUUUAUCAAGAGCAAAAACAACACUGCCGUCAACCAGGAGAUUUUAGCAUACUACAUGUUUCCACCAGCUGGCAUGCCAUAUAGAAAUGUUCAUUUCCUUUUCCAGCUGGACUUAGCUCUUUCCCGUAGCGCCCAAACUACUACUUAUUACUGUGCUUGACUGGCCAGCCAACUGGCCAUGUCCACUGAGAAUGUGUGGGAUAUUUGUUUGAUAGGAUGAUGAGAAACACCCCAUCCAAAAAUGCAAACUAAAACUGUUCAAAAUGAAAAAGACACUUAGCGGAAGUUUGACACCUUUCUUUUGUUUCAAGAAAAGUUCAUAUUGAAUCAUGUGUAAUUUAGUACAUUUGAUAUAUUUCUGCAAUAGUCUACUAUAUUUACAAGUGACUAGUGUUGUUUUUUUUUUUUUUUUCAUUUAAUGCUAGAGCCAAACAGAACUGCUACUCCACCCUGCCCUAGCGCUUGAUCUGGGGAAAAGGAUCCCUUGUACAUACCCAAAACCAUGUACAACAAAGCUUCUGUCUUUAAUUAUUCAUUUUCUCUUUCUUUUGUAAAAGGAUGCAGUUGCACUUGGUGAUCAGUGACUGUUUUGACUCUUCUCAGAAUAAGACAAUAAGUACAUACUGUUUUGAGGCUAUGACAGUGUUUGAAGGUGGUUAAUGACAGAGUUAGUUUUACGCAUGAAUGAAAAAGACAGCAGACUGGAAUUCACAAAACCUCUGCCUAAAUAAAACCAUGUUGGAGGUCAUGGGUAGUAAUUUAAACCAUGCUGGAGGCAGAGGAAUUCACUGGGAGUCAUGAGCCCUGUUUUGACCCCACACCACAAGUCACUGGCCUUGUCCUCCUUCAAAUAUAGCUGACAAGGGAGAGGCAUACAGCUGUAGAUUUUUUUUCUAUAAUGCAUGUCAUGAAGCCUGAGUUUACUGACCCAAAGGGACCUUGUGACAGUGACGGGGCAUAAAUAAUUGACUCUCAUCUUUAUGCCCUUAUGUUCAUGUUCAUAAAUCACGUUUAUUUUAUGCCUAACAUUGCCCAUUGGAUACCAUAUGAAAAAAGGUUGACUGGUAUGUAUCAUUUUCAUUCAGCAAGUCAUGGUAUGUGAGACUCCUCGACUUAAAGCUGACAUUUUCUGCAUGCGCAACAUGUCUGGACUAGCUAGCAGCAACCAUGUUUGUAGUUUGUGCUGGAAUGCAGUGAUCCUUAGUGUGUGUCAUUGAGAAAAAGAUGAGGGAUAAAUGAGGAGGGAUGAAGACUGCAGCUGAGCUUGUUUAGAUUCUAGACAACCCUAGCUGGGUUGAGCUUAAUUUAAAAGGCUGAGUAUCUUUCAAACAAAACUUUUUUAGGUGUUAAAAAAGAUACUAACACUUAAAUACUCCUUGAGUGCAGUACUGAUACGACAGGUCCUGAAAAUCAGAGAAGACCACACACACAGCAUGUACAGCCUAUCCUUUAGGCUACUGAACAGUACAGUAACUUUCUCAAUCUUCUAAAAAUAGACUGAGUUUUUUCUGUAAUCAGAUAUAGGAAAGAGUCUUAAACAAAAUGCACCUAAAACUUGAAAAGGCUGAAAAAAACAAUGCUGUUUGAGAAGUGAUCUUUGCAGGAGAAACCAAGAGUUAAAGAGCUCCCACUCGAUCACCAAGACAUCGAUAAUUUAACAGCUCUAAAACCUUUUAGUUUUAAAGGAGCUCAAAACAGACUGAGUUAGAAUUCUUAAAAGCUUUGUGCUGUGAACUCAAACUGAAGUUACUUGUGAUCAUCGAUGUGUGUGUGUGUGCGUGCGUGCGUGCCUGUGUGUGUGAAGAGUGAGGAGAGGGAUUUACAGAACAGGAAGGGCAAACUCAGGAGAUUGUCCCUGUUCUUGUGGCCUCUUCUGUGGCAUGAGCAGACAAAAUGAAAACCUUUGGUUAGUCAUCCAGUCAUUAGGUCUUGACCCUAAACACAGUUUCAUGGGGGAAGUUGAUGUCUUGUGUAAUAACCUGUGACGUAUGAUGUUCCUGUGUGCAUGCUUUCAUGUUCAUGUGUUUGUGUGUGAGUAUCAUAAAAAUAUGAUUCUUCUAAAUUUAGCCAGAGCUACAUGUGUUUGAACCUAAAGAGCUGACCCACAUGAAUCAUGAUAACAAUAAAACACAUAGAAAAACGAGUGAUAAACCCUUAAGUAGAAGGAAAAAUCUCAGUUUGCACAGGCUUACUAAAUAUGGGUCCAUACUUAUUUCUAAUAGCCGUGCUUGAUUUUGUGAUGAUCUCAGCCUGUUGAUGUAUGUAUCGGGAUACAUAUAGUAUCAACAUAUUCUUGAUAAUACACAGCUCUAAUGCUCUUAAGAUAAACUACAAGUUGAUUACAAAGAGAAAAACAAACUGGCCCUCUAAUGUAACAAAAGCAUCUGCCAGCCAAUCAAAUGUAUAAAUUUUUGAACAAAUGAUGGUAGAUCUGAGGGACUGUAUGGUUGGUUGAGUGACAUGAUUGAAAUAUAUUGCUUUUAGCUUUAUUUGGGAUGGAUACAGAUGGUGCAGGUUGCAGAUAUUGACAAAUGCAUUGAAGUGAACAUGGACUCUUGAUUGCCAUUUGUGCUGGCAACAAAUACUCUGUUAAGUGCCAGCAACCCAAUCUUUUACUGAUCUGACCCUAGCAGCUUGACUGCAGACCUCCAGGGGUGUUGUCUUUCACUGGGAUGGAGACACUGCAGAUGGUCCAGGACUCUCCUCUUUAAGUGCUGACAUUGUAUCCAUCAAAUUCCUCUGAGAUUUUCUUCCAAUCCCUGCAGUUUGAACCUUGCAUUAUUCAGAAGGAGACCUCUGGCCUCUCAGAGGAAAAGAAAGACAAUCAAGGAUGAAAAAGUAGGAUUACAGAUACAUGACAUAGAUCCAUUACCUGAGGAUGCAACAUUAAGAUAAAUUGCAUCUUAUUGGGCAUCAAUAUCUGGCUCUUCUUGAAAUAUUUGGCCAAAUACAAUUUUAACUACUGCAGCUACUUGAGAUUUACUCUUAGUCUGGAGAUGAAAAUGUUUGUUUGUGUCACAUUUUGGUCUUUUGUGCCUUCAGUAAUUUUGGUCAAGUUUAAGAGAAUAAAAAGUCAGUAAAUAUCAGUCAUUAUUUUUCGUCAAGUAGCCAAUCAGGACUUGGUAUCUAGGUUAAUUUAGAUGUUUUUUAAUCUCUAAAGCAACAUUUCACACAAUGAAUGAUUUCAGUUGUGUGUUACCUGGACUCCUUCCCAUAGUUUGAUAAUAGACUCCCCCACAUUGCAGUGCUUUUAUGUAGUCUUUGCCCCAUGUUGGAAAAUACUAUUAAAGGUGAUGGACCAACAAAACAAUCUGCAGACACUGUCAGAAAGCAAUCACCUACACGAGUUUUAUGGGACACCACCUGUCUUUGCAUUGACUGAAGAUUCAGGCUCAGUGUGCAGAGGUUUUCUGUAGAUCAAAGAGAAACAUCAUUGUGGACUGUGUCUAAAUGGUUUUGAAGCAUGCAAGAUUGUAUGGCUUAGAUUGUGUUUCAAGACACUUUUUCUCUCACUGUUGAUGUGCUCACACAUCUGAGCCGACAACAUCAAGUGGACUUGGCUCUUGAACAAAGUAUAGCUUGUUAUAAUCAAUUGUGCUGCUCGGUCUUAACAUGGCAGUCCAAGCUGUGGAGGAGCAGCCUAUAUCUCACCACAAGCUCAUAUGAGUACACAGAUAGCCUUUUGUUACAGUGCCAUGUGAUAUCAUAUCUUAGAAACUGAUUCUUGUCAUGACACACGAGAUUCCUGACAUUUCAUUUAACGUUGCAGGUAAGUUUCUUGGUAAAUAAUGUUUCCAAGCUACUCAUAGAUUGACAUCAGUGUGUCCAGAUGAAGAUGUGCAAGCAUACAGUUGAACACACAGUCGCUUUGUGGUAAACAUGGUAUCUAUGUUAUGUUUUCAGAUAUCUGUCUCUCAAUCCGUGUGACAUUACCUCUAUUCACAUUCUUCAGUGUAACAGUAAACAUGUCAGGCUGCCUUCAGGGGGAAACUUGUCAAAUCCAUCAACAAGAAUCAUAAAUCAAGACAAUGACAUCUAAGGAAACGUGAUGUCUGCUGCUCAAUAGGAGGUUUCUAUAACUCAGACAUACAGGUUCAAAACUGCUGUAAACUUCACAUGUUGGAUGCCAGUAUGGCAUUUUUGUGUUUGUGCAACAUACUGAAACGAGACAGUGAUACGCAUCAGUUAAAAAACACUGUGUGCUCUUCCUCCGUGUUGACAGUUCAGAGUCCUUUUAACUGUUCUGUGUCUGACUGAGACGCCAGGACUGCAGCACAUUCUACUGCUACAGUUGUGAAAACAGUUUUAUUUGAAUGGUGUAUGUCAUGCAGCUAUGACAAUUAUUUUCAAUUAACUUUUCAGACUUGGAAUUUUAUUCUCGUAACUUCUGAUACACUUUUGACAUUUGUAAAUUUUAUCAUGACUGACAUGAAAAUGUACAGGGAAAGUAGGGCUAUGCUAGAUAACACCCAAAAAAGCUAUUGGCUAUAACUUACCAGGUUGCAAAAGUCUGUCUACGAUUUCACUCCAAUAUUUCUUUUUAAGAUUUUCAUGAUUGUCACUCAACAACAAAUCAAAGACAGGCAGGUUCCUAGAAAGUAUGACCCAAAAUCAAGCGAUCAGCCUCGUGUUGAAGACUACUUGUAUAAGACCAAACAUUACUGUUAUUCAGUCCAUCUAGCUAAGAGUGUAAAACGGUGCAUCACAGGCUAAAAAACUGUAAAAACAAUGUGCAUGAGCUCACAGCCUGCAGCAGAAUCCUAGUAUUUGUCAGCUGACAUAGUAAACAACAUUACCCUCUGGGUAGUAGCUGUUGUAAAUGGUAAAUAGACUUACUUACAUCACGUUUUCCAGUCUAGUGAUCCUUCAGAGGCUCUUUAAGUCAGCAGUUCACCUUUUACACACACAUUCAUUCAUUAAUGGUCGAGGCUGCUUUAUAAAGUGUCAUUAUGCCCAUCAGGAUUCUUUUAUUACGACUAAAGCUAGACUCUAAGUAUCAGGAUGUCAAACAGUGUCUGUUUGUCAGCUUAAGCUCUGAGCUUUGGAAAUCUCAGUGGACAGCUUUCUGGCUUUUGCACAUGCAAACUUCAGUCAACAGCUACACUGCUGCAUUUUGUUGCCUCAUCUCCCUGGUAUGGCCAAAAUCUGAACUAUUCUUGUUCUGCCCGUUUACCUCAAAUCUGCCUGUUUACCUCCACUUAAGCAGAGAGAGAGAGUUCUGGGACUUCUUGAGCUCUGUUGUUUCAUUGGUUCCUGUAGAUUGUUUGUGCAGAUGGUCUGCUGCAGUGGACCUCCAGGACUCCAACUGCUACAACUAUUAAUAUCAGUCUUACCUUUAUCAUCAUAAUGUCCAUAUUAAGCGACUUCACUCCAGCUGCUAGAAAUAAUAUAAUAAUACUUUUAUUAUUGUAAUGCCAGUGCAGUCUGUCUGUUAAAGUUUGUCUCUGCCACUUAUUAAAUGUGAUCUGUUGUUUUCCUCAUGGUGGGUUAAUGUUCAGUCUUUGAUAGUAGUAUAACUAAGAGCACAGUCUAGGCGUGCACUUUUUGUUAGUUGAUGCUGUACUAAUAAAGUCUCAUUGACUGAUAUGUGGAAGUGCUAAGGCCUUACAUUAGUGCCUCCUCCCUGCACUCUACUCUGACCUUCACAUGCAGAUAAAUAGGAAGUGCUGCCGUGGCAACUACCCCAGCUGAAGGAGGAAAUGCUUUUUGUGAUGUUGUUGCACGAGGACAUCAUUCCCAAAAAUAAAGGUCAAUUUCACAAUCCCCUGUAUUCUGUUUUAGACGCCGGGUUUCUCCCAGCCUGGGAUUGUACCUCUAACUAUUUUGGAGCGGAUGUGCUAAAGCACACCAUGAAAGCUUUAUAGGAGAGGAGAGAGGACACAUCACUGAUUCACCUGCCCAGAUUUGACUAAUGAGCCCUCAGAGUAGCAACACGACUGGAAAAACCUCCCUCUCUUACAGUUCACCUGUUGCAUUGAGCAGUCAGUGUUGCUGCUGUAGUCUGUAUGUUUAGUGAUUGUUUACUGUAUUCAUUAAAAACCUGUUGCCCUCUGUGUUGCAGUGGACGCCUCAGACAGUUACACAGCCAUAUAUGGAGAGACUAUGGUGAUACCAUGCAACGGUGGCGCUCCAGCACCUGAAGAUCUGAUGUUCAUCAAGUGGAAAUACGUGAGUGAAAUAAACUCUGAAUACUGUCCAUUAAUGUUGUCUAAUACUGUCUUUCUUAGCUUACAUGCAGACGAAAAGAAUUAUUCUCCAAUCUGAUGGUCUGGUUUUUAAAUGUACAGUUAAACAGGUAGAACAAGGUACGUUUACCUAAGUUAUAAUGUCACUACUGAUUUAGAUGCUAAUGUUUUCAUUAAAUAUCAGAAAUAUUGAAGGAUUUUCGAAGAUGUUAACGUCUUCAAAAAUAUAGAUGUGAGAUUUGGAUAUUUCAUAUUUAAAUCCUGAUUACUAAGGCCAAAAUAUUCACAGUAACAGUGUUAUCACAAUAUAUACGGAAAUUUUUAAAAUUAUAAAACAAAAUCAGUCAAUUUUAAAAAAGCAAGACAGAGUGGAGUGACACAUUACCCCAUAAACUUAGCUUAUAAACAAAUUUGACUCACUUACAUCUCGUUCCUCCUUUCUUUAUGUUUAUCUGUGUCACCAGUUCUGAGAUGGAAACUGUCAUGACUAUGUUCUGUUUAGUUUUGUGUUACAGAAUGUCAACAACCACCCUCUCAUUUUUAUGGGAACUAUAAAACUCAUAAACUGUGAAAAACUUCACUUUCAUCUGUAAUCUUCUACGACAUGAUGCCCUGCAGUAAAAGCUGCACACUGUAGUAAAGCCUAGUGUAGGUGACCCAGUUUGGCCACUUAACAUUCAGAGAGCAGAUUCGCUUGCAGAAUUAUAAUAUAUUGUCAAUGCUUUUAUUUUAACAUUUGCACUGUCUUGCACUGAAACUGCUUUUUUCCUAUAUUGUAUAAAUAAAUAAAAAAGCUUUUAAUUUGAAAUGACAGUUACGCGACAGUUACUUCAGUAGCCAGCUGAUUGCAUCCCUACUGCUGCUGCUACUUCUUUGUUUCCCCAAUAUUUUUGAGGCAGGUAGCAUCCUGACUAACAACCUACCCCUGAAAAAAAUCAACUGAUCACAUGGUGUUAUCAUAUAUUUCUUUUCAACACAACAUCAGUAUUCCUUUUUUUGUUAUUGGAUCAUGCAACAGAGAUGACUGACAGUCCAUUUAGCUAAAAAUGCUAAUAUUUUCAGACACAUGUGUAGAGGAUUUGCAAACCUCUCUUUACCUACAUUUUUUCAUGGUCUUACUGAUGAGAAAGAUGUGUUUGUAUUUAGUCAGCACAUUAAAUACUGUGCCCCAGAAUGCACUUGAUAAAGUCCCUCUGACUCAAAGUUUUGAAUGUGAUUAGGGUUGAGGAAAGUAGAACCGUUAGGAUUUAAUUUUUUUUUUCUUUUCUGUCACCUCUCAAGGGUUUGUUCUUGACUGUUUUUAUUUCAUGGCCUCUCAGGACAGUUAGUACAUUUCACAGCCCGGUCAUGAGCAUGUGACUGAUAAAGAUCGUAAACCUUGUUUUCAUUCUCCAGGAUAAAGAAGACGGCACUGCUGGUGAUCUGCUGAUCAGACAGGCUCGCAGUGAGGAGGCCACAGUGCAGGCCACAGAUGGUUAUGCCCAACGGGUCAGCACUGACGACAAGCUCAACCUGCUCAUCACCGAGGCUACACUCAAGGACCAGAAGACCUUCACCUGUAUGGUGGUGUCAGAAACCAAUGUUAUGGAGUACCCAGUUGCUGUUGUUGUUCACAGUAAGCUCUCUGUCUCUCUUUGUAUAUCACACUCUCUUUAUAAGCCUUCUAGCUUGUUUAAAAUGGUGCAGAGAAAACAAAGCAAAUACUGAAAAAUAUAUUGUUUUAUAAAAAGGAUAUAUUCAUUUUAAAUUUGAUGCCAUGUUUCCAAAAAGUUUGGACAAGGGCAUGUUAACUCUUGUUUUUCAUCACCUCUUCUUUUAACAACACUGUUGGUGUUACACAGGUGUUACACAAUGUCAAAUGUUUUUAAGUAAGGGCUGCAAGCGAGCCAGUUUAGCAUAAGGACUUGUCUACAACAGAGCCAUGCUAGUUUGGUAUGUGUAGAAUGUGGUUUUAUGUUUUCUUGCUGAGAUAGCUGUCUUUAGAUAGUUGCAUAUGUUGCUCCAAAACCUAUGUGCAAUGGUAACUAGUAAUGACCUCUUCAGAUGUGCAGCCUAGCCAUGCUACAGGCUCUUAUGCAUGCCCAUAUCAUCACAGGUGCUGGAUUUAAAACUGCGUUAUGAUAACAAACCAGAUGGUACACAGAGUGCAUGUUUUCUGUGGUUUCCAAAAAGAAUGUGAAAUGUCAAACCACCGUUGGCCUGGUGGUUUAAGGCAUGUGCUUCAUGUGAGGAGGCUGCCACCCUCAUCACACUGGUCACAGGACUGACUCCUGGCCUUUGUAUGAUUAUGUGUAUUUCAUACCCCUCACUGUCCCCUCAUUUCCUGUCUCUCUCAGACUGUCCCAUCAGUGAGGGCAAAAAACUGGAGUGCUCUGUUAUCCCUGUCCUAACUUUGUAAAUGAGCUGCUUGUAUCAAAUCUAAGUGACUUUUUGAAUAAAACAAUACAUUUUUCAGUGUUAAUAUUUGCUAUAUUUCCUUUGCACUUUUUUUAAUGAAAUAUUUGACGUUUUCAUUUUACCCCUCCAUCCCGGAGUAAGAGUUAAAGUUAAUGUUAGUAGGAAAACAUUUGUACAUGUAGUUGUUCACUUUUUAAUCUGUAAUCUCUGCUUGUGUGUUUAAAGAGAAACCAUCUUCAGUGCAGAUUAUGGACAAGCCUGCUGCUCUGCAGAAGGACAAACCUGUGAUGGUAAGAUACACCACAGCUUUUACAUUUUAGCCAGGCUGUCUAAUUGAUGUCUUCUCUGAGCCAUGUUUCCCUCAGCAGUAUUGCUAUAAAUAGGUUUAAUAGUGAUUAAAUUACAAAAAUUAGAUACAAAGUUUGUUACUUCAAAUUCUUGACUGAUGAAGACUUGAGGGAAAAAAAUUUUUGGUUAGUUCUGAUUUGACGUGGGCUUCUCAUCACAAGCUAACAUGGAGUCCCUUCUGUCAGUGAUGUUUUAUAUUCAGUUAAAAGUACAGACUCAUCUUGUCAUUUGGAAGGGAGUUAGACUCCAUCACUUGGGAAUAUGCCCCCAUGUAUCAGCCUUAUAUUAGGCUAUAUUUCUUUUUUACACCACUCGGCAAAGUAUAAGUAUAUUUGAGAUCAAAUCAGUCUGGUGAAAAUGUGCAAUUGUGUCGACGAUUAACAGUUUAUUCCAUGAUAGCAAGUAGAAAUGCAAGAUGAAAACAUAUAUUUAAGUGCAAGUGCAGUACCGUCUUUCUUUCUGGAGAGCCAGAUGUUUGGCACCUCUCCUCAUUAUUUGUUCACUAAUGUUCAGGGUUAAGACCUGAGAACAAAGCAGUGGAAACUCUCAGAGAGCAAUAAAGGUGUGUGUUAAAGAGAUGAACAUUUCUGUGGGUUUGCUCAUUUUCUUCACUGGGAAAAGUUAUCGAGCACUUCUUAAUGAGCAUUGAGUGUUCACGCAGCUUGUAGCCUAGUCACAGCAUUGUUUGAGAACAAAACCUUGGGGCUGCCCAGUGCCUACAGUGUCCUACUUUGAAUUGGAUUUGCUAUUACAUUGAGGUAUCAACUCUGUACCAGCCCUUUCUUUGUCAUUGGCUAAUGAAUUACCUCCAGUUACAGUUUGUGGAUUCAGCCAUGAUCCUUAUCUCAAAACUUUGUUGACUCACUGUGUCACAAAUGAUGCAAUGUUACAUCUGCACAGAAGGUGCUAACAGAUAAGUACAACUGCAGUGGAGUGCGAAAUAAACACAGAUAUUUAAUCGUGAAAGACUGAUGUUGCUUCUGAUGGAGUCUCAGAAAUUUACAACCAGUUCUAAGUUGGAACUGUUUCUUUAAACCCAAGCUACAAUCCGGUAGUUACAAGAUAAAUUCAUGAGCUUAAAGUGAGCAAACUUUUGUGAGAACUGAGUCCCGAGUGUGUUCAAUUUAUCAGCAAAAUGUACAGUUGGGAACAGCGGUGGAGAUCUGUUGGGUUAUUGAUUGACAGCACCAAAAGUGAAAGGAGUUUUCUCCAGAGACCUUGCUGUAUCAUGCAUAUCUGUAAUCACACAGCCCUCUCCCUGAGGCUGGAGAUUAAGCAGAGUGGGACGUUUCUCUGUAUUUCCCAGAAAUGCCCGCAGCAGGAGGGAGAGUUGGUGUUGGAGGACUUAAUUGGCACGCUGUUACAGUGCAUUCCUGGAUUUGUUGAAUCAGCAGACUAUUAAAGACAGAAAAAUUAUAUUGUCUUGCUGGUCAGAUAUAAUUGCACUGUGUAAUCGACCAAAUGUGGCUCACAGGCCGUGAGUUUGACACCCAUGUUUCAUGAGUCAGAGGCGCAGGGCAGAUAGUGAAACCCAGUGCUUUGGGAAAGGAAUGUUCUUAUGAUGCUGUCCUUAUCUGGUUCACACAGUGUGUACCCAGCUACCAUUACUGACCUUCAAAUGUACCAAUGAGGGAGCUUUACUCUAAAAUCAGUCUAUUAAUUUGUUAAAGGAGACAUCUCUGAUGAAUGACCUUUUUGCUAAUCCCUCAUUAUUUAAUACACAAGGCUAGAGGAAUAGAGCAACAUUGAAUUUCCCUUCAGGGAUUAAUUAAGUUCUUAUUCUUAUUCUUAGAGUAUUUGUUGAUACAGAAAAAGAGAGUAAAGCACAACAUAAUAAACAGCUUUAACAGAUAAUUUCACUGUUUCCAGUAAAGUAAUCCUCUGUAAUCAAACCUAGUUAAAUCAGUUAUAUUUUCACCCUGUCCUUCAUGUGUUUUUUCUUUCUUCGUAGGUGGGAACAUGUGUUGCAGCUGAGGCUAACCCUGCUGCUACAAUCUCAUGGAAGAAGAAUGGAAAGCCCUUGGCAGCUGAUGGGAAAGGUAGUUCACAUAUGAUGACACAUGUGGAAAGUAUUCAGCAUUCACACACUCAGUUUGUGGUUGUACAGAGAUCCCAGGGGUCCAGUGAGUGUUAUCAUGGAGUGAUAAGGGGAGUCAAAAUAGGUUAACUCAUAUUGAUUCAUAUUUACCAAACCUGAAGAACACUUAAAGCAGCGGUAUGAUGCUUUGUUUUAUUUUUCAAACAACUUUUUCAAACAAAUUCAAGUCUAAAUGGAAGAUGUCAGUACCAAACAUGGGCAAAGUUUCAAAUUGUGAGGUAAAUGUGGGUUGGAUUAAUCCCUGGAUGAGACCGAAGGCUGCUCUGAAUAACAUGUUAUGAAAGCCAGAUAAGAGUUCUGCCUGAAAGACACAAGAUUUUCUCAAAAGAGAGAAAAAAAAAGUACAUUUACCAAACAAACAUCCAGCUUUGUGUCAUAGAUUUUUUUUGCCCCUUUUAAACCUUUGAGGUCAGGUUUGGGGUCUACAAUAUUUGGGCUGUGUUCAUUUUUGGGCAUUUUGACCAGAGAAACAACAGUUGGCUCAAAAAAAUGACAAAUUCUGUUGCAUGCCAACAAAGAAGGAGGCUUCUAGACUAAUGAGCUCUGGAAUGCUGGGGGGGUGAGGACAGUAGUUAAAAAGAAGCAUUUCAGGCAAAGUCUAAAUCAUAGAAAAGCUGUGACAAACCCAUCAAAAGGACAAUAUAGAGCCUGAAAAAUGAGCUCCCCUGUUUCAUUACACAUAUUUGAGCUUACUGGGUCUACUGGUCAAGAAAAGAUGCAAUUAUAUGAUAUGAACUAUCAACACUUUUAUGAGUUAUCGAGACAGUUUUUGAAAGAGUGGGAAGUUUGCUUGAUCCCAGUCUAUCUGCUGAUACAUCUACAUCAAUACAACCCUUCUUUUUCUGGUGCAGUGUAAUACUCACCAAAAUGUGUGUUUUGUCAUCUGCUUGUUCACCUCUCCCUCUGCAGCUGUUGUGAUCACCCCUAGCAUGAAGCUGGAUCCAGCCACAGGCCUGUCCACCACCUCCUCCACCCUCCAGUACACAGCCACCAAGGAGGACAUGGGUGCAGUCUUUGCUUGCGUGUCCACACAUGAACAGACCAAUCAGGAAACUGAACUGGAGCCCCUCACCGUUCACUGUGAGUUGACUCAGACCCAGCUGUACCUGUAUGUUCUCCUGAGUUUUGCUGCUCACAGGCAGUCAUGUUGAUUGUUCUCAGAAGUUAAGUUUUACCUUCAAGUUGUAGUUAGAUUAUUAAUGACAGGUCACUGUUCCCCUCAUGUUUUAUUCCUCUCUCCUUUUAACUGCUUUCUGAACUUCACAGAUCCAACCGAGAAGGUCAGCCUCCAAAUAAUGUCCCAGGGGUCCAUAGUGGAGGGUGAUAAUGUGACGCUGAAGUGUCAGGCUGAUGGGAACCCUUCACCCAACUCCUUCAUCUUCUACGUAAAGGUCAGUCUGAGACUGUAAACAAGCAGACCUAGGCUACAGUUCAUCUGGCCUCUAAGUGGAUGUAAUAAGUUUUCAUCUUCUCCUCGUCUUCUCUUUUCAACAGGGCCAGAAAAAGCAGGUGGAAAAUUCAGACACCUAUGCUUUGCCUUCCAUCAGCAGAGAGGCUGCCGGAGAAUACAAAUGCUCCCUGACCGACAAUGACAAGAUUGAAGGCGUCCAAAAUAUUGUUGUGAGCUGUAAGUUCUCACAUCGUGGCAACUUCUGGGCUCUGGUUUGCAAAGAUAACUGAAGCAGACAAAUUAACUCAAAUAUGUCUUGGGCUCGUUCCAUAUAACUCCCUUGGCAAGCAUUGUUGUAAAACUCACAUCAAAUCUAAAUUUUACUCUACAAAAUAAAUAAAUCACUGCUGAGUGACUCCACUAAGUGAAGUUUGAGCCUGAGGCUCAGCAAUGACAGAGACAAACAUCAGCUCCAAAUAUCUGCUGUUAAACUACCAAUCACAUUUCACACUGUCUGUUUCUUAGACCUGGACCUGAGCCUAAGUCCCACUGGUAAGAUAGUGAAGACAAUUGGCGAGCCCUUGACAGUGAAGAUGGAGAAGAAUGCAUCGGGAGAAGCUAAAGUGUCAUGGACAAAGGUAAUGGUGAUGGGAGAGAGCGACAGAGGGGUUUGAUGUUGGAUUAUUGAAGGAAAUGAAACAUUUAUCAAGACACCAUCGAGAGCAGAUAAUAGUUUCCUUAUACCAAAUAACACUGGGCAUCAGUGCUUUCAUCAGUGUUUGCUGUGCUCCAGUACAGAAGAAGGAAGUUAUCUUACAUCUCUUUUGUUUGAAGUUAUAGCAAUAUUUGGCUCUAGAAAACACUGAUGAAUAUUUUGACCCUGAUUUCAGAAUGGAAAGCCAGAGACAGAGCCAAACUUAAGCAAGUUGGCAUAUGCUGAUGCAGGAGUCUACGUUUGUGAGCUGUCCAUGGGCGGCCUUACACGGCGGCAGAGCUUUGAACUGGGGGUAGAAGGUGAGUAAAUAUGCAUGUGUUGAACGUGAUUCCUUUGUUGAUGGUGUUGAACUAAUUUAACAAGUAAGGCUUGACAGUAGAUCAACACACAACAGGAUAUUGGCUUUUUGUAAGUUUGAAUAUAUUUGCAAAUGCAAUUGGCUUCACUAACUGGGCACCAGGAUUCCUCUGGCUAAACAAACACAGAUACUUUCCUCUCUUCCCCAUAGUCACUGAAAAGUCACACACACACUUAAGCUGUUCAUCACUUCCUUUCUGACAAAUUUUCUUCCAUUAGCAACAAAAAAAAACAGUGUUGAUGUAAGACUAAGACAGGCGACUCUAGGACUGAAAUAGCACAAUAGCAAUGUGCAAAGUUUGCAGGAUAUUAUUGUUCCAGCUGAUGAGUUAUGUGUCGUCAAUGGAAUCUGGAAAGUUUUUUUUUAUGCCAGGUCAGACCACAUGAUUUAAGCUUGAUUGUAGCCUGUUUCAGCAGGGUGUUUGGACUCUCAGCCCCCAAAACUGAUCAUUUCCUCCCUUAUGAUGUGUCAUAGUGAGCAACAACUACAAACACAUUCGCAACACCUUACAACCACCCAAGCCUGAUCAAUGAGAUCACAGAAAUCUCUGCAUAUGCAAAGGUCACAACUGCUAACAAACAAAACAGGGAAGUGAAAGAGGAAGGAUGACGUUGGUGAUGUGAGAUCACUAAAAAAAAUUAGCCACCCUUUGAAAACCAAAUGUCAUAUUUCUAAAGUUCCAAGGGGCUUUCUUUCUGGGUUGAUGCGGGCGCCCCUGUGGUCAAGAUGUUAAUUGACAAAAAAAAAAUCCCCCUCCCCUGCCUCUUCACCUUAAAAUUUGUUACUUGCUGUUUCUUCAGCAUACCUACCCCCUCACAGUGGUGAUAGGCACUGAAAAUGAAAAAAAUGUAUUGAUUUUCAAUCUAGCUGCUAAUGGUCUCUUUUGCAUAUUUUCAUCAUACAGACACAUCACUGUUUAUUCCAGGCUGUUUUAUAACCUGUGAAAAAACUCCUUACAGGAGCUUUAAAUGACAUAACAUAUCCCAAUAUAGCUCAAAGGAGGCGAGCAGGUUGUUAAAGUAACAACAUAGAGUGCUUUUUUUUUUGGGUGAGGUUUUUUUGCCCUUUGUCUAAAGAGGACAGAACAGUGGAUAGAACAGGAAAAGGGAAUAAGGGAGUAAACGCAGGUGGGGAUCAAACCUAGAGGUGAAUGGGGCGUGCAUAGACCACCAGACCAGCAACACCCCUGGUGAUUUUCAAAGGACAUAUUUUCUAACAGGGGGACUCCUGUCUUGUACUUUUGUCUUGACGGCAGUAAACAGAGCCUGUGAUCAUCUAAAGUCUUUUAAUUUGACUAGGAUUUUAUCAGCUUUUCAAGAAGAAGUCUAAAGUAACCCAGACUGUUCUGUCACAUCAUCCUCUGUUUGAAUAUUGUGUUCAAAAUGAAAAAACAAAAGCAAACAAAGUCUGAAUUUCUUUGGCGUUCACACUCCUGGCCACUAAAGCUGGUUCUGAUUCCCAUCAGGAAAACCUGUGAUCACCAGCCUGACCAAACGCCGUGCUGAUGAGGAGGAUACCAAACACAAAAUCCUGACCUGUGAGGCUGAGGGAGUGCCAGAGCCCAAAUUCCAGUGGAAUGUCAACAGCACAGACGUAAGUGCUGGUCAUGAAUGUGUAAAGAGCUCAUGUUUUUGUAUGUUCAGUGUUGUUACUGGAGAACAAGAAGCUUCUGCAAAAUAAAGCAAGUCUGCCAUGAGGUUUUUUAGAGGUUCUGUUAAGAUCUUGCCUGUUCACCUUGUUUCUGGGUCAAAGAAAAAGAGCUCCUCCUCAGGUUUCACUCCUUUGUAGUCGUGCUGUUUUUGGACAUUCAGAGCUGAACUUGUGUGCAUACUGGGGUUGCUAUGAUACCUAUUUUUUUUUUCAUUUUGAUACAGUAUCAGCAGAAAAAAAAAAAAACUUACUCUUAACUUAUUACAAAAGUUACUGUGCAGCAGUAUGGAGAUGCUUAUUAAUGGUCUUCAAGCUGCAACAAGUACAAAACAUUAGAGACCAGGUGAUGUUGUUGCCUCUCUCCUCUCUUCUUUGUCUGUCAGGAACAAACAGAAAUGUAACAUGAUUUUAUCAGACGCUUGUUAUGUCCCUGCACAUAAAAUGAUGUGUGACUCCCACUCCUCCUAAGAAAACCAGCACUAUAAAUCAAACUUAACAAAACAGCAGUUUUAAUGAGCAGUAUGUCCAAACAGCAAACUAAAGUUCUACUUUAAACUUGCCAAACAGUGAGACAAAAUGUAAACACGUCAAAUACCUUAGCUAAUCUCCAAACACAAAAAAGAGAGAAAAAAAGAUAAAACAAAAGCUACUCCCUCUUACUCUGAUGUUACCCAGUGCUGUAUAUUUACAGUGUUUUUCUAUUUAUCAAAUAUAUACAAGCUAAUUAGCUAAUCUACCAUCUAUCAAAGUCUAGCCUAAGUCUCUGCACACAAUAUUAGAAAACCCAGAGCUACACAGAAAACUCAGAUCCAAAGGUCAGAACACACAAUCUAAUGCCGGUCAGUUAGAGUUCAAGAGACAGGGAGAGCAGUCUGCAGCAGUUUGGAUUUAAACCAGUGAAGAUCAUCCUCACCCAAUCCAGAAGGAGCACUCCUGUUUGAAUCGACCAAUCAGAGGCUGCACCUGCAGCAGCACCUAAUCAGACACACCCACAGAGACACUCGCACAGAAACAUACACAUUCUGCAGCUGAGGAGACAGCUGCACAGCACAGGAGGAACAGAUAACCACAUAUAUGACCCAGGGUCAGAACAGUGUCAAAGGUCAGUAUUUACUGACCUGUGAAUGAGGAGAAUAAGCAACAGUGACCGUGACUGUGUGCACACGCUGCAGGCAGAGGGAAGCGCAACUUUUGGCUGCAAACAAACAAAAUCCAACACCUCCCUUCACCUUUUCAUCCAAAAGUUCUUAAGAGUGUAGCUGCUGUGAAAUAAUUAGAAAAUAAAUAUGUUAUUUUCAAGUUUCACUGCCUUGUUUAAGCGGCACUCUGUGGGGGUAUAACCUCCUUAGGUAAAUAUCAUCAGGUGAUUAAAAAAAUAAUAAUAAAUAUAUAUAUAUAUAUAUUUCGGAUCAUCUAUUUUUGAAUUGAAACCAGAUUUGAGAACCAUAUUUUUUCAUCCGUUUUGAGAAUAAUGGACAAAGAUGGUAAAGAGUCAUGAACUUUUUUUUCUGAAAGAGAAGGCCUGGUCUACUGUAGGAAUAACACGUUACGGUCAUUACAGUACAUAAACCAGAAAAAUCCUUGUCUGUUGGUAAAGUUCAUGACAGAUUGAUUCAUAGGAAAAUAACCCACAGACUCAAAUAAAACUGUGAACUACUGUACCCAUCACAAGCAUCAGUGCUCUAAAAGAAGCAUUGCCAACAGGAGGCAGGAUGUUGUAUUUUACUCUAGCACAUAUUAUGGCUUUGUAUUUGCUGCCCGCCCCAAAGUUUCUUUAUGAUAAUGACUACUCCAGUAUUUGUCAAUUUAUCCGGCAUCCCGCUAUCACACUGAGUCCCCAUCUUUUUAAGACCCUCCUCUUUUGUGUUUUUCAUGGUGUCCAGGAGACAAGCUCCUACGUCAAUGGCAAGGCUGUCCAUAAGAUCACUGUGAUCCCAAAGGUGAACCUGACCGUCACCUGCACUGUCACCAACAGGCUGGGAGAAGACUCCAAGACCAUCAAUGUCUCCUCACGUGAGUAACUGUAUAGAUCACGUGAACAUGUUUUUGGGUGGUAUAUGAGCAGCUAUAGUCGACUACUUUUACACCAAAUACAGUGAGACUCUAUGUUUCUUUCUUUUUUUUUUAACAUCUGCAGAUUUUUUUCUUUUUUGCUUGGGGAUGAAACACUAUUUGUACAAUUACUAUAAGUAUUUUCCAGUUCUGUUCCUUUUAUUUGUUUUUAUGAGUUCUAAUUUGUUUUUUUUAUGUUUGAUUUCAGUUUUUAAGGAGAGUACUGAGAAAAGAGGUAAGCUCUUAUUUUCUUUUACUCCUCUCUUUUCAUUUUUAGGGGCUAAUAUUAUCAAGGUUUCCUUUAAAAAGAUUAAAGUCGUUCUCAGGUUAAACCAGAUUUCAUGAGGCGUUAAACUUGACUGUAACUACUACACUGCUUUCUCUUUUUAAGUCCAAACUGUUGACUCAGAUCAUCAUUUUAGCUCAGACAGCACUGUGAAUGAACACGCAUACUUGUUUUUAUUAAUGUUACCAUUAUUUAGACUAGCUCAUGUAGGGACCCUCUCACAUUAUCAAGACUACUUGAUAGUUGUUUUAUGACUGUGCAGCUACCAUCUCCUAGUACACAGUAUCCUUACUGCGCUGCUGAUGUUUCCCGGGAUAUAAACAAAACACGGCUUGUGUUUCUACAGUAACGACCAGAAUAAGUUCCUGCAGUAUAAACACCAGAAGAAACAAAACCUGUGAUAUACAGUCUCAUUCAAUGGAACUUAAUAUUUGAGUAUACUAAAUCAGUGGAAGAAGGUGGUAACUGUGAGGCUGAAAUGCAGUGUCUGAUCCACAGAGGACACUUUCUGUGAUUUUGGUCUCUAUUUUGUCAUAUUGCUGUUCUUAGCGUCUUACUGAAAGCUGUUGCUGUCUGUUUUCAGGCUCUGAGGGGGAAUCAGGGGAUCAAGCAAAGGUCAUCGUGGGUGUUAUCGUCGGGCUUCUCAUCGCAGCUGCUGUGGUUGGACUCAUCUAUUGGCUCUACAUUAAGAAUUCGAGGUAAAGAUUUCAUUUGAGUCCUUUAAUGUGGGUCCUGGUGGCUUUGCUGUAGCUACCUCACAGCGGGAGCCUUCGGAGUCCAACAUUUGUUUUACUAUUUAUCAACCUGUACAUAUCAAAGUGAGAUAUCUUUUCUAAAACAUUGGGAUAUUAGAAUUUCUAAGCGUCAAGUAGUCCCGCCUGAUUACUUGACAUUUCAGCAGGUGUCUGGUAAAAUGUUUUUCCUCUGCUCUGAAGAUGUGUAGGAGAGAGUUAGUCUGUACCACGUGUUCAUGCAGUGUUUUCCAUGUCUGUAAUAUCUGCAGGCAAGGAAGCUGGAAAACUGGUGAAAAGGAAGUAGGAACAUCUGAGGAGAGCAAGAAACUAGAGGAGAACAAUCACGCGGUUUAA